CUGUUUGGCCAGUUUGUGGUGUUCCAGACGUUGGUGAGUGAUGUUGUGAAGAUCUACGAUGGACCAACUCCAGACUCUCCCGUCCUCUCGUCCAUCUACGGCUCUCACUCAGGUAGAGAACAUCACCUUUACUCUUUCCAGUGAAUCGUAUCAUGACCUGACAGGGCUCACCUGAAAAUAACAAAUCUCAAUGUGACUUCCCUGGUUAAAUAAAGGAGAUCAAAUAAUAAAACAUAAUAUUGUUGAGUUCAAGGCGAUGGCUUUAACAAAACCAAAACUUUCUCCCCCUGAAGGAGAGACUUUAACUUUAAGUUCUGGGAACAAAAUCACCAUCAAGUUCACCACCGUGGGUUCAGAGACAGCCAAGGGAUUCCACUUUGUGUAUCAAGGCAAGUUAUCUAUAUUAUUUAUCUUUGAUAUGAAGAUAGAUGAACUGCCUUGCAGUUGCUAACUGCUUAAUAUCUUGGCAGAGAGGAGAACAUUUGGCUGCCCUUAAAAGCACUACAUCAUGUCAUAGUAUCUUGAUUGAUCUAUCUCUCUGCCAUUGAAAGAACCAUUCAGCGGUGCUCCAUUGAGUGCUGAGGAUAGUUGAGCAGAGCAGAGCAGGGAGAAGACAGGGGCAGAUGCAGAGAUUGACUGAUGAUCUGAGAGAGGAUGUUUGGUGGAUAUUUUUCACCACCACGUCCUAUAUCUCUGUGCCAAUCCCUUGUCUUCUCUCUGUCUCUCUCUGUCUCUCUGCCUGUCUUCUCUCCUCCCAGCUGUCCCCAGGACCAGUGCAUCCCAGUGCAGCUCUGUGCCGGAGCCCAGGUUUGGGAAGCGGAUAGGGAACGACUUUGGCAUUGGCACAGUGGUGCUGUUUGAAUGCAAUCCAGGCUACGCUCUGCACGGCGCCACUGCCAUCAGGUGUGAGGCCGUCCCCAACACUGUGGCUCAGUGGAACGGCACUGUGCCCACCUGCGUAGGUAAGUAGACUGAGCCAACUCCUCACAGUGACAGACCUAGCUGCACCGCCCCAAACCACACAGUCACAGACCUACAGGGAAACUAACAGACCUACAGGGAAACUAACAGACCUACAGGGAAACUAACAGACCUACAGCAAAACUAACAGACCUACAGGGAAACUAACAGACCUACAGGGAAACUAACAGACCUACAGCGAAACUAACAGACCUACAGGGAAACUAACAGACCUACAGGGAAACUAAUUUUUUGUUGCAGCAAUUAGACCUAGAUGACAAAACUUUUUCUGAUUACCAAUAUUUACAUGAAAUGAUAGCACAUGCUGUACAUUAUCCCAACAUGGUGUCAGUUUAUCACAGGACCACAGCAUAUGUAAGAGGGUUCCUUUGUGCUUUUUGCAUCUCCAACAGAGAUGUGACAUUUCUAGGGGCAUUACAUGCAUUCUGGCAGGAGUGUAGUAAGUCCUAUGAAUUAUCUUAGGUUGUAGGAGCAGGAAUGAAAAUUUUCACAUAUCUGUGACCAAUGGAUCUCCUCAAAUGUUUCCGAUUUUUUCCUUAUAGGUUCUGAACCAUCAGGUAGAGUUUCAAUCAACUCAACCCUUGAUAUAACUUGGCAAUCAACUUCUUUGGCGUAGCAGCUUCUUUCAGUAUUUUUUCUAUGCUAGAUGCCUUAGGUUCAUCCGGAUUCUGUUGAAGUGAUUGAAUAAGAUUUCUGGGUUGUAAGAACUUAAAGAAAUUAGUCUUGGAUAAUCCAAAUAUUUAUUGUUAUUGUUUGAAUGACAGUAGAGAUCCAUCAUAGUACACAUGUUCAAAAUUAAUGAUGCCACUUUGGAACCAGGAUUUAGAGAUGUUGUCAUUAAACGCUGGAGGUAAGGUGGGGUUGUUCAAAAUAGGGGUGCCUGGUGAUAUUGGUUAUAUCCACCUCAUGAAUUGAUGUACACUUUCCCAAAUACAAAUGGAAUUGAGAAUCAUUGGAUUGUAAAAAAAAAUGUUCUUCAAUGCCUUGGACCCGAAGUAGUGAAUAUAUUUGAGAUCAUAAAGUAUUGCAUUUGUGGCAUCGAUACUCCUCCAUGCACAAGGAUAGUGUGCUGUCUGUCCAUUGUUUAAGUGAACACGGUUGUGCAGCCCACUAAUACUUUUUCAUAUGAGGUAGUCCAAGACCUCCAGAUUUAUAGGGGAAGUGUAAAACAGUCAAUUUGAUCUUGAGGUCUUUCCAUUCCAAAUAAAGUUGGAGAGCAGGCCAUUUAUUUUAUUAACAAAGUUAGAUGGAGCUUCUCUCUCUUAAAGGGAUACUUGAGGAUUUUGGCAAUGAAGCCCUUUAUCUACUCCCCCAGAGUCAGAUGAACUUGUGGAUACCAUUUUUAUGUCUCUGUGUCCAGUAUGAAGGAAGUUAUAGGUAAUUUUGCGAGCCAAUGCUAACUAGCGUUCGUGCAAUGACUGAAAGUCUAUGGGUGUCUGCUAGCAUGCUAGCAGAUACCCAUAGACUUCCAGUCGUUGUGCAGGUGCUAGUUAGCAAGUUCCUUCAAACUGCACUCAGAGACAUAAAAAUGGUAUCCAUGAGUUCAUCUGACUCUGGGGGAGUAGAUAACAUCCCAAAGUAUCCCUUUAACUCUCUCUUAACAAAAACCAUAUGCUCAAUUACGCCAAACUCUUUUUACAGAAGGUGACAGCGGAUACAUUUGAUUUUGCGGUAUCUGUGCAGAAAAGUUGAGUUUAUCUUUUAGUAACCUUCUGGUAUUGAAUCGGUCAGUCACGCAACGUCUGUUUAGCUUACCUUCCAAAAAACGAUCCGGCAUCAUAAUGAGUUUUGUUGUUUUGUUGUUUCAAUUAGGGUCUCCUGAAUGAACAAGCAUUGUUUUAGAUAGCGGAAACCCACAGAGUAGCUAGGAGGGGAAUGGAAUCAAACCUGGUUUUAGAUAGCAGAUACCCAUAGAGUAGGAGGGGAAUGGAAUCAAACCUGGUUUUAGAUAGCAGAUACCCAUAGAGUAGGAGGGGAAUGGAAUCAAAACUGGUUGUAGAUAGCAGAUACCCAUAGAGUAGGAGGGGAAUGGAAUCAAUCCUGGUUUUAGAUAGCAGAUACCCAUAGAGUAGGAGGGGAAUGGAAUCAAACCUGGUUUUAGAUAGCGGAAACCCAUAGAGUAGGAGGGGAAUGGAAUCAAUCCUGGUUUUAGAUAGCAGAUACCCACAGAGUAGCUAGGAGGGGAAUGGAAUCAAACCUGGUUUUAGACAGCAGAAACCCAUAGAGUAGCUAGGAGGGGAAUGGAAUCAAACCUGGUUUUAGAUAGCAGAAACCCAUAGAGUAGCUAGGAGGGGAAUGGAAUCAAUCCUGGUUUUAGAUAGCAGAUACCCAUAGAGUAGCUAGGAGGGGAAUGGAAUCAAACCUGGUUUUAGAUAGCAGAUACCCAUAGAGUAGCUAGGAGGGGAAUGGAAUCAAACCUGGUUUUAGAUAGCAGAUACCCAUUGAGUAGGAGGGGAAUGGAAUCAAAACUGGUUGUAGAUAGCAGAUACCCAUAGAGUAGGAGGGGAAUGGAAUCAAACCUGGUUUUAGAUAGCAGAUACCCAUAGAGUAGCUAGGAGGGGAAUGGAAUCAAUCCAAAGUGGCAGUGUGUUUGUUUUGUGUCUUCACUCUUCCGUCAGAAAUUUGUUUUAGAACUUUAUUGUCCAUGCAAUGUGGACAACAUGAUUGACUGAACACAACAAACAACAUUAAAAUGUACCAGUGCUCUCAGAUCUGCUUGUCUCCCAUCCAGUAUGGUGUAUUACUGAAGCAGACCUGCUUGUCUCCUAUAUGGUGUGUGUGUGUUUCCUCCUGAUAUGACCUUUAUGGUAUCUAUUACUGAAGCAGGCCUGCUUGUCUCCUAUAUGGUGUGUGUGUGUUUCCUCCUGAUAUGACCUUUAUGGUAUCUAUUACUGAAGCAGACCUGCUUGUCUCCUGUAUGGUGUGUGUGUGUUUCCUCCUGAUAUGACCUUUAUGGUAUCUAUUACUGAAGCAGACCUGCUUGUCUCCUGUAUGGUGUGUGUGUGUGUGUGUGUGUUUCCUCCUGAUAUGACCUUCAUGGUAUCCAAUAGUAACCCAUGAUAGUUGAUGCAUCUUUAAAUAACCCCUCUGUCUUAAUUUCUAACUGAUAUUUUCAUCUCUCUGUGACAUGAAACCACUUGCGUGUUGCGUGACGCUUUUGAGAACGUUUGUUCCCUCUCCAAUUGCAUUUUGGAAGUUUCCCGCGUAGCCUACAGCUAUGUGAGCAUUGUUGAGCUUAUAAUAUGAAUAAAUAAAACUUCAUCAACAUUUUAAAGCUAAACAGUCUGAUCUGUUGCGCCAGCCUCAUUGCUUUUUUCUUUUCUUUUUUUAAUGUGCAGUGGUUGUGUUUUUUAUUGUUUUAUUUUAACCUUUAUUUUGACAGGGAAGACAUAUUGAGACCUAGGUCUCUUUUCAAAAUGUCAAUAAUUUUUGGUUUAUAGUCCCAGCUCUACGCAGAUGCAGGAUCUUAAUUUGACCAGGAAAAUAAUCGUGCAGCAACAGGAAAUGUGAAUUAUUGUGUGGAUUAUAAUAAAUGGACAUUUUUGUAGGGGUUGAUCCAUUUUUAGUUAGGUGCAAAUCAAGUAAAAUAUUUUUUGGGGGAAAUUACAAACUUUAGAAGGCUUUUAGAACCUAGAAUACACUACAAGCAACAACAGGAUGAUCAAAUUAAGAUCCUAUACCUGUAUGUAGGGAAUAGGGUGCCAUUUGGGACGCAGACAUAGUGAUUAUGGCAGAGAUUGAGAGCUGUAUUUGUAUUUAUUAUGGAUCCCCAUUAACUGCUGUCAAGGCAGCAGCUACUCUUCCUGGGGCCCAGCAAAAUUAAGGAAGGCACAUGAAGAGGCAGGCAUGAUCACCAAGUCUGCUUCACCUGAGGAGUGAGGAGAUUAAUAAUGAAGUCGCUUUCUGUGAUUUCUCACAGUGUGUGUGUGUGUGUGUGUGUGUGUGUGUGUGUGUGUGUGUGUGUGUGUGUGUGUGAUUCUCGCGGCGUCUGUCUGUGUGUGAGAGUAGUGAAGAGGAUAUCACCUGUAAAAUAUUGCUGAGUUUGAAAUUGCAGUGAACUGGAUUAGGGCAAUAAUUAGAUUUGUGAGCUUCUACAUGCAGCAUGAUCAACAACACUCUGAGGCAGGAGAAAUCAUGCUGUGGGUUUAUAUACUGUCCUCUAUACAUCCUGACUGGUUGGUGCAGUAGAUACAGGCUAUAUGUAGCCAACUAAGUAGUUGUCUGUAGACUACCCCUCUUUGUCCUUGGUGCGGUAGAUACAGGCUAUAUCUAGACAACUAAGUGGUUGUCUGUAGACUACCCCUGUUUGUCCUUGGUGCGGUAGAUACAGGCUAUAUCUAGACAACUAAGUGGUUGUGUCACGAUCGUCUAAUGAGGGAGACCAAAGCGCAGCGCGUUGAGCGAACAUGACUUUAUUAAAUUAAAGUACUCACUACAAAAACAACAAACAAUGACGAAUCGUGAAGUCCUCAGUUACAAAGACUGACAAGGAACAAAAACCCACAACACUAAGGUGAACACUGACAGUUUAAAUAUGGCUCCCAAUCAGAGAUAACGAGCCGACAGCUGACACUCGUUACCACUGAUUGGGAGUCACACGACCAAACAAGGAAACACAACCAAAUACAACACAACCAAUACCAAACACAACCAAAUGAACACACCCUGGCUCAAAAUACACAGUCCCGGAGCCAGAGCGUGACAGUACCCCCCCCCUAAAGGCGCGGACUCCGACCGCGCCUACACCCCAAAUAGGGAAGGGCUGGGUGGGUAUUGCUCCUCGGAGGCGGCUCCGGCUCCGGGCUUGACCACCACCCUACUACAAUCCCCCCGUAGUGCCCCCAGUCCGAUCUGACCCAGUUAGCUGGAUCAGGACUGCCGACGCGCACCCCUGGCUUGGCGCGUGAGGCAGGAAUGGACCGGACCUGGCAGACGAUACGCACCCUUUGCAUGGUGCGUGGAGCCGGAACAGGCCUCACCAGGCUGAAGACUCGCAUCCCUGGCUUGGUGCGAGUAGCAGGAAUGGGCUGAAUCCGGCUGACGACUCGCACCCUUGGCUUGGUGCGAGUAGCAGGAAUGGGCUGAAUCCGGCUGACGACUCGCACCCUUGGCUUGGUGCGAGUAGCAGGAAUGGGCUGAAUCCGGCUGACGACUCGCACCCUUGACUUGGUGCGAGUGGCAGGAACAGGCAGAAUCCGGCUGACGACUCGCACCCUUGGCUUGGUGCGAGUAGCAGGAACGGGCUGGACCAGGCUGGCGACUCGCACCCCUGGUUUGGUGCGAGUGGCAGGAACAGGCCGGACAGGGCUGACGAAACGCACCAUAGACUUGGUGCGGAGAGCAGGCACGGGCCGGACAGGGCUGGCGACGCGCCCCACUGACCUGGUGCGGGGAGCUUGGAUGGGCCGGACUGGGCUGGCGACGCGCACCACAGACCUGGUGCGGAGAGCAGGAACGGGCCGGACAGGGCUGACGAAACGCACCAUAGACUUGGUGCGGAGAGCAGGCACGGGUCUGACAGGGCUGGCGACGCGCACCACAGACUUGGCGCGGAGAGCAGGAACGGGCCGGACAGGGCUGACGACGCACACCACUGGCUUGGUGCGGGGAGCUUGGAUGGGCCGGACUGUACUGGGGACACACACCACUGGCCCUACACCGGGAUCUGGAACGGGCCGGACCGGACUGGCAACACACGCCAGUACCUCUCGCCGUGCCUCUACUUCCUCCAUCCCCUCUUCGACCAGUGGCCCCCGUAACCCGACGGCCUCCUCCGGCAACCCACUGGACCGCUCUAUCGCGGCCUCCUGCUGGUCCGACGUCGUGAGCCCCCCCCCUAAAAAUUUUCUGGGGUUCUCUCCUCUUCGUGGACCAGGCCUCCAUCGUUCUCGCCAGACUAUCACCCCACUGCUCCAAAGUCCAACCUUUCUCCUCUUCUCUUGGCUUGGCCCAGUCGAGACUCCUACUCAACUGCUCCCAAGUCCAUCCUCUCUCUUCUUCAUGCUGCUUGAUCUGGUUAAGGUGGGUUUUUCUGUCACGAUCGUCUAAUGAGGGAGACCAAAGCGCAGCGCGUUGAGCGAACAUGACUUUAUUAAAUUAAAGUACUCACUACAAAAACAACAAACAAUGACGAAUCGUGAAGUCCUCAGUUACAAAGACUGACAAGGAACAAAAACCCACAACACUAAGGUGAACACUGACAGUUUAAAUAUGGCUCCCAAUCAGAGAUAACGAGCCGACAGCUGACACUCGUUACCACUGAUUGGGAGUCACACGACCAAACAAGGAAACACAACCAAAUACAACACAACCAAUACCAAACACAACCAAAUGAACACACCCUGGCUCAAAAUACACAGUCCCGGAGCCAGAGCGUGACAGGUUGUCUGUAGACUACCCCUGUUCGUCCUUGGUGCGGUAGAUACAGGCUAUAUCUAGACAACUAAGUGGUUGUCUGUAGACUACCCCUGUUCGUCCUUGACAGACAGGCAUCAGGUUCUGUAUAUGAGGACUGAAGGAGGCGUCUCAAAUGGCACCCUAUUCCAUAAAUAGUGCACUACUUUUGACCAGAUUCCUAUGGGUUUCCCUGCACUAUAUAGGGAAUAGGGUGCCAUUUGAGACGCAGACUGAACAUCCUUGCCGUAUUUAACAUCCAGAGAGGCCUUGGGGAUUGACAGCUCGGUUUCUCCACUAAGGUUAGGUGGUGAACACAAUAGCUGGCCAACCUUUAACCAGGCAGUAUUGCACUCCUCCACAGGAAACUAAAGAAUCGCAUUGUUUCUCUCCUCCUGGAUUAGAUAAAAGUGGUGUUUAUAUUCAGGGAACAUUCACAUGACAUCAUCAUGUGUUCCAUUGUUGAAAGGAGAGUAGACGUAAAAUGCCAUUAUCAUUAGUCCCUGUUAUUCUGAUAUCUGUCAUGAAAUGAAUGAGUAAACAACCCGUUGACUGUAGUUGUUGGUAGUCUGUAUGACUGUCACUGGUGAUAAUACACAACAGAACAACUGCUGUGAUUUGAGUUAGCUCUCUAAAGCAACACAUUGUAUUAUUUCAUAUAACUAAUAGUAUACAGUGUUUUUUUUUUUAUCAGUGGCUGAUGGAUGUCUGUAUUGUUUGAACUACAAUAGGCCUUACAGCUGUUCAUAUUGUAAUGUGCAGUAGUGGCCUUUCAGAUAUUGCCGUAAAAGCAGUACGUGACGUGCUUUGAUCUGUGCUGUAAAAUAUAUAGCUAUGUUCCUAUAUCCACACUAGGAAACCACUUAGAAUGCAUGCCCGAUACGUUGAAGUGUGGAUAUUGGAGAGCCUAAGGCCUGUAAUCAGUUGUGGUCCUCUGAGGUUUAUAAUGAACCCCUGGGACCAGCAGGAUAUCUACAGUAAUCAGUUAUAGUCCUCUGAGGUUUAUAAUGAACCCCUGGGACCAUCAGGAGAUCUACAGUAAUCAGUUAUGGUCCUCUGAGGUUUAUAAUGAACCCCUGGGACCAGCAGGAGAUCUACAGUAAUCAGUUAUGGUCCUCUGAGGUUUAUAAUGAACCCCUGGGACCAGCAGGAGAUCUACAGUAAUCAGGUAUAGUCCUCUGGGGGUUUAUAAUGAACCCCUGGGACCAGCAGGAGAUAUACAGUAAUCAGUUAUGGUCCUCUGAGGUUUAUAAUGAACCCCUGGGACCAGCAGGAGAUAUACAGUAAUCAGGCUGGCUGGGGUAAACGGGUGACAAAUGAUGGAUAGAUGAAACCCAUGGAUGGAUGUCUAUGAGAUGGUGGGAUGCAUGGAUGAGUAACCCUCCAUAAAAAAUGAGAACAGGUGGCUGGGGUGAAUGGAUAGGGCAGAUGAGGGAUGGAUGGAUGAAGCCCCAUGGAUAGAUGAUGAUGAUGAUGAUGAUGAUGAUGAGAUGGAGGGAUGCAUGGAUGAACCCUGGACUCCAUGGUGAUGGAAUAGGAGGACACCCUGGACUCCAUGGUGAUGGAAUAGGAGGACACCCUGGACUCCAUGAUGAUGGAAUAGGAGGACACCCUGGACUCCAUGAUGAUGGAAUAGGAGGACACCCUGGACUCCAUGAUGUUGGAAUAGGAGGACACCCUGGACUCCAUGAUGAUGGAAUAGGAGGACACCCUGGACUCCAUGGUGAUGGAAUAGGAGGACACCCUGGACUCCAUGGUGAUGGAAUAGGAGGACACCCUGGACUCCAUGGUGAUGGAAUAGGAGGACACCCUGGACUCCAUGAUGAUGGAAUAGGAGGACACCCUGGAUUCCAUGAUCAAAACCCCAACUUCAAUUUAGUAGAAGAGAUUAUUAAUAUCACCGUAACAGAACGGUCCAUUGUUGUGUAAUGAAGCAUCACCGUAACAGAACGGUCCAUUGUUGUGUAACGAAGCAUCACCGUAACAGAACGGUCCAUUGUUGUGUAAUGAAGCAUCACCGUAACAGAACGGUCCAUUGUUGUGUAAUGAAGCAUCACCGUAACAGAACGCUACAGCAGCAUAGGAUAGCUGUUUGUACCGCUACACAUGACUGGCGAGUCCAUUCUAUCCAGUUUACAGUCAGACAUGUUGGUUUUAGAUCAUGUCUAAUAUAGUCACUCACUGUCUGGCUGCUGCUGCACAUUCUAUUAACCCUGCCGGAGAGGCUUUGUGGUUUGAAAUGUUUAUCUUAUAGCGGCCUAACCUAGAAUACAACUUCUCCAGUCCUUUGUGUUCCUCAUUUACCCUGGAGUUGAAGUGGGCCUUUUGGUUUUUCAUAUCUCCCUCUUCCUUACCUUGUCCAGAGUGUGUGUGUGUGUGUGUGUGUGUCUACGCGUCUCUGCGUCUCUUUGGUGUGAUGUCUCUCCCUUCCUUACGUUGUCUCCUGCCUGCUCUCUUACUAUGUCUCAUGUCUCUGGGUGACUUGUCUCUCUCUUCUCUCCCCCUGGUCUCUGGGUGACUUGUCUCUCUCUUCUCUCCCCCUUGUCUCUGGGUGACUUGUCUCUCUCUUCUCUCCCCCUUGUCUCUGGGUGACUUGUCUCUCUCUUCUCUCCCCCUUGUCUCUGGGUGACUUGUCUCUCUCUCUUCUCUCUUCUCUUCUCUACCCCUGUGCAGUUCCCUGUGGAGGGCUGCUGACGUCUCGUAAGGGGACCAUCCUUUCUCCUGGUUACCCAGAGCCCUACGCCAACUAUCUCAACUGUGUCUGGAAGGUCUCUGUGCCAGAGGGAGCAGGCAUCCAAGUGAGAGACGCAGCAUGUUUGAUAGUUAAAAGGGUUUCAUGGAAUUUUAAUUAAAGUUUCAUGGAAUUUUAUCUUAGAAUGGGAAUUUGCAAAAUGGGUCCCAUUAUUGAUUUUUCUAUUCUUACAUUUCUUUCUUCUUUACCUUCUUCAGAUCCAGGUCAUAACUUUUGCCACUGAACACAACUGGGACUCCUUGGACUUUUUCGACGGCGUUGAUGGCAACGCUCCAAGGCUUGGCAGCUAUUCAGGUGAAUUGUUUGUCUUUUCAGCUCCAUUUUGGAAUUGAAGUAAUGUCUGAUCAGAACACUCAGUAAAAGUACUGAUGGAUAUGACUGGGGGAGACGGAGGAAGGCGACAUUUGGAAUGCUCUUUGAGAAAAGUUCUCAGAAUCUCCCACGGCGUGGUUCAAGGAAAUUAAAAAUGGCCUGACUGACUCUAGUCUCCACCUGAUGAAGAAGACCUGAGUGGUGGAAACAGUGUCAAAUAAAUCUAUCAACUGGGACUUAAUAAAUCAAUAUCCAGCACCUGCUCAGAGACAAUGGAUGUGUGUAGGGCAGGGCUCUACAACCCUGUUCCUGGAGAUCUACCCUCCUGUAGGACAGUUUCUCUCCAGCAACAGGGUUGGAGUUAAAACCUAUAGGAUGGUAUCUCUCCAGGAACAGGGUUGGAGUUAACCCUACAGGAGGGUAUCUCUCCAGGAACAGGGUUGGAGUUAAAACCUACAGGAGGGUAUCUCUCCAGGAACAGGGUUGGAGUUAACCCUACAGGAGGGUAUCUCUCCAGGAACAGGGUUGGAGUUAACCCUACAGGAGGGUAUCUCUCCAGGAACAGUGUUGGAGUUAACCCUACAGGAGGGUCUCUCUCCAGGAACAGGGUUGGAGUUAACCCUACAGGAGGGUAUCUCUCCAGGAACAGGGUUGGAGUUAACCCUACAGGAGGGUAUAUCUCCAGGGACAGGGUUGGAGUUAAAACCUACAGGAAGGUAUCUCUCCAGGAACAGUGUUGGAGUUAACCCUACAGGAGGGUGUCUCUCCAGGAACAGGGUUGGAGUUAACCCUACAGGAGGGUAUCUCUCCAGGAACAGGGUUGGAGUUAACCCUACAGGAGGGUAUAUCUCCAGGGACAGGGUUGGAGUUAAAACCUACAGGAGGGUAUCUCUCCAGGAACAGAGUUGGAGAGCCCUGGUGUAGAGUAUAUGAUAUUUUCCUAUUGACUGUCUUUCCAUUAGUAUGUUCUACAUUCCAGUCACAUUCAGAACACAGACCAGUGUUCAAUCCCUGUGUCCACCCUUCCUACUGUAACUCCCACUUUACUGUCUCCAUGGGUGUGUUCUGUAGGUACCACCAUCCCUCAGCUCCUGAACAGCACCUCCAACAACCUCUACCUAACCUUCCAGUCCGACAUCAGUGUGUCUGCAGAAGGCUUCCACCUGGAGUAUACAGGUAUGAAGAGAUAUACAGUGGGGGAAAAAAGUAUUUAGUCAGCCACCAAUUGUGCAAGUUUUCCCACUUAAAAAGAUGAGAGAGGCCUGUAAUUUUCAUCAUAGGUACACAUCAACUAUGACAGACAAAAUGAGGAAAGAAAAUCCAGAAAAUCACAUUGUAGGAUUUUUUAUGAAUUUAUUUGCAAAUUAUGGUGGAAAAUAAGUAUUUGGUCAAUACAAAAGUUUCUCAAUACUUUGUUAUAUACCCUUUGUUGGCAAUGACACAGGUCAAACGUUUUCUGUAAGUCUUCACAAGGUUUUCACACACUGUUGCUGGUAUUUUGGCCCAUUCCUCCAUGCAGAUCUCCUCUAGAGCAGUGAUGUUUUGGGGCUGUCGCUGGGCAACACAGACUUUCAACUCCCUCCAAAGAUUUUCUAUGGGGUUGAGAUCUGGAGACUGGCUAGGCCACUCCAGGACCUUGAAAUGCUUCUUACGAAGCCACUCCUUCGUUGCCCGGGCAGUGUGUUUGGGAUCAUUGUCAUGCUGAAAGACCCAGCCACGUUUCAUCUUCAAUGCCCUUGCUGAUGGAAGGAGGUUUUCACUCAAAAUCUCACGAUACAUGGCCCCAUUCAUUCUUUCCUUUACACGGAUCAGUCGUCCUGGUCCCUUUGCAGAAAAACAGCCCCAAAGCAUGAUGUUUCCACCCCCAUGCUUCACAGUAGGUAUGGUGUUCUUUGGAUGCAACUCAGCAUUCUUUGUCCUCCAAACACGACGAGUUGAGUUUUUACCAAAAAGUUCUAUUUUGGUUUCAUCUGACCAUAUGACAUUCUCCCAAUCCUCUUCUGGAUCAUCCAAAUGCACUCUAGCAAACUUCAGACGGGCCUGGACAUGUACUGGCUUAAGCAGGGGGACACGUCUGGCACUGCAGGAUUUGAGUCCCUGGCGGCGUAGUGUCUAUACUGAUGGUAGGCUUUGUUACUUUGGUCCCAGCUCUCUGCAGGUCAUUCACUAGGUCCCCCCGUGUGGUUCUGGGAUUUUUGCUCACCGUUCUUGUGAUCAUUUUGACCCCACGGGGUGAGAUCUUGCGUGGAGCCCCAGAUCGAGGGAGAUUAUCAGUGGUCUUGUAUGUCUUCCAUUUCCUAAUAAUUGCUCCCACAGUUUAUUUCUUCAAACCAAGCUGCUUACCUAUUGCAGAUUCAGUCUUCCCAGCCUGGUGCAGGUCUAAUUUUUUGUUUCUGGUGUCCUUUGACAGCUCUUUGGUCUUGGCCAUAGUGGAGUUUGGAGUGUGACUGUUUGAGGUUGUGGACAGGUGUCUUUUAUACUGAUAACAAGUUCAAACAGGUGCCAUUAAUACAGGUAACGAGUGGAGGACAGAGGAGCCUCUUAAAGAAGAAGUUACAGGUUUGUGAGAGCCAGAAAUCUUGCUUGUUUGUAGGUGACCAAAUACUUAUUUUCCACCAUAAUUUGCAAAUAAAUUCAUUAAAAAUCCUACAAUGUGAUUUUCUGGAAUUUUUUUCUCAAUUUGUCUGUCAUAGUUGACGUGUACCUAUGAUGAAAAUUACAGGCCUCUCUCAUCUUUCUCUGGGCAACACAGACUUUCCUAUUAGGAGUAUUAGAAAUACCUAUCAUCUCUCAGUAUUCCUAUUCCUAUAAGGAGUAUUAUAACUACCUAUCAUCUCUCAGUAUUCCUAUAAGGAGUAUUUGAACAACCUAUCAUCUAUCAGUAUUCCUAUUCAUAUAAGGAGUAUUAUAACUACCUAUCAUCUCUCAGUAUUCCUAUAAGGAGUAUUAGAACUACCUAUUAUCUCGCAGUAUUCCUAUAAGGAGUAUUAUAUCUACCUAUCCUCUCAGUAUUCCCAUAAGGAGUAUUAUAACUAUCUAUCCUCUCUCAAUAUUCCUAUAAGGAGUAUUAUAACUACCUAUCAUCUCUCAGUAUUCCUAUCAGGAGUAUUAUAACUACAUAUCCUCUCUCAGUAUUCCUAUAAGGAGUAUUAGAACUACCUAUCAUCUCUCAGUAUUCCUAUAAGGAGUAUUUGAACAACAUAUCAUCUCUCAGUAUUCCUAUUCCUAUAAGGAGUAUUAUAACUACAUAUCAUCUCUCAGUAUUCAUAUAAGGUGUAUUAGAACUACCUAUUAUCUCUCAGUAUUCAUAUAAGGAGUAUUAGAACUACCUAUCCUCUCUCAGUAUUCCUAUAAGGAGUAUUAUAGCUACCUAUCCGCUCUCAGUAUUCCUAUAAGGAGUAUUAGAACUACCUAUCAUCUCUCAGUAUUCCUAUUAGGAGUUUUAGAACUACCUAUCAUCUCUCAGUAUUCCUAUAAGGAGUAUUAUAACUACCUAUCAUCUCUCAGUAUUCCUAUUCCUAUAAGGAGUAUUAGAACUACCUAUCAUCUCUCAGUAUUCCUAUAAGGAGUAUUAGAACUACCUAUUAUUUCUCAGUAUUCCUAUAAGGAGUAUUAUAUCUACAUAUCCUCUCUCAGUAUUCCUAUAAGGAGUAUUAUAACUACCUAUCCUCUCUCAGUAUUCCUAUAAGGAGUAUUAUAACUACCUAUCAUCUCUCAGUAUUCCUAUAAGGAGUAUUAUAACUACCUAUCAUCUCUCAAUAUUCAUAUAAUGAGUAUUAUAACUACCUAUAAUCUCUCAGUAUUCCUAUAAGGAGUAUUAUAACUACCUAUCCCUCACAGUAUUCCUAUUCAUAUAAUGAGUAUUAGAACUACCUAUUAUUUCUCAGUAUUCAUAUAAUGAGUAUUAAAACUAUCUGUUCAGUACUGUAUGUUGCUGUUUUGAAUGGUUUGUGUUUGUUUCUAUGGUCAUGUAUUGCUCUGUAUGUGCAGACAAGUGAUUGCUAUUGCCACUUUUGUGUUUUGACUCUGUCCUAAGCAAUAGGUUUGGAUUCAUGCCCAGAACCUCAGCCCCCCCUCAACGGUGUCAAUGUGGGCCAGCGCUUCACUGUGGGUGACAUGGUUUCCUUUCAGUGUGACCAAGGCUACUCUUUGAAGGUGAGCACACACACACACACACACACACACACACACACACACACACACACAGACACACACAGACACACACAGACACACACAGACACACACAGACACACACAGACACACACACAGACACACACAGACAGACACACACACACACAGAGACACACACAGACACACACACACAGCGCUGUUACCUUCCAGUAGGUUUUGGUUUUGCCAUGGUGGUGUGGGUGUCAGCAGAAGGUUGAAGGUUUGAAUCCAGCGAUAGAAACUUGUCUAACUUUACCUUAAACACUUUGAAAUGUGACGUUUGAAAAACAUAGAUGGACGUCUAAUUCUGACGAGAGAGCUUGUUGACCCUGUUCCCUAUAUAGUGCACCACUUAGACCAGGGCCCAAAGGGAUAUACAGUGGGGGAAAAAAGUAUUUAGUCAGCCACCAAUUGCGCAAGUUCUCCCACUUAAAAAGAUGAGAGAGGCCUGUAAUUUUCAUCAUAUGUACACGUCAACUAUGACAGACAAAUUGAGAUAUUUUUUUCCAGAAAAUCACAUUAUAGGAUUCUUUAUGAAUUUAUUUGCAAAUUAUGGUGGAAAAUAAGUAUUUGGUCACCUACAAACAAGCAAGAAUUCUGGCUCUCACAGACCUGUAACUUCUUCUUUAAGAGGCUCCUCUGUCCUCCACUCGUUACCUGUAUUAAUGGCACCUGUUUGAACUUGUUAUCAGUAUAAAAGACACCUGUCCACAACCUCAAACAGUCACACUCCAAACUCCACUAUGGCCAAGACCAAAGAGCUGUCAAAGGACACCAGAAACAAAAUUGUAGACCUGCACCAGGCUGGGAAGACUGAAUCUGCAAUAGGUAAGCAGCUUGGUUUGAAGAAAUCAACUGUGGGAGCAAUUAUUAGGAAAUGGAAGACAUACAAGACCACUGAUAAUCUCCCUCGAUCUGGGGCUCCACGCAAGAUCUCACCCUGUGGGGUCAAAAUGAUCACAAGAACGGUGAGCAAAAAUCCCAGAACCACACGGGGGGACCUAGUGAAUGACCUGCAGAGAGCUGGGACCAAAGUAACAAAGCCUACCAUCAGUAUAUACACUACGCCGCCAGGGACUCAAAUCCUGCAGUGCCAGACGUGUCCCCCUGCUUAAGCCAGUACAUGUCCAGGCCCGUCUGAAGUUUGCUAGAGUGCAUUUGGAUGAUCCAGAAGAGGAUUGGGAGAAUGUCAUAUGGUCAGAUGAAACCAAAAUAGAACUUUUUGGUAAAAACUCAACUCGUCGUGUUUGGAGGACAAAGAAUGCUGAGUUGCAUCCAAAGAACACCAUACCUACUGUGAAGCAUGGAGGUGGAAACAUCAUGCUUUGGGGCUGUUUUUCUGCAAAGGGACCAGGACGACUGAUCCGUGUAAAGGAAAGAAUGAAUGGGGCCAUGUAUCGUGAGAUUUUGAGUGAAAACCUCCUUCCAUCAGCAAGGGCAUUGAAGAUGAAACGUGGCUGGGUCUUUCAGCAUGACAAUGAUCCCAAACACACCGCCCGGGCAACGAAGGAGUGGCUUCGUAAGAAGCAUUUCAAGGUCCUGGAGUGGCCUAGCCAGUCUCCAGAUCUCAACCCCAUAGAAAAUCUUUGGAGGGAGUUGAAAGUCUGUGUUGCCCAGCGACAGCCCCAAAACAUCACUGCUCUGAAUGGGCCAAAAUACCAGCAACAGUGUGUGAAAACCUUGUGAAGACUUACAGAAAACGUUUGACCUGUGUCACUGCCAACAAAGGGUAUAUAACAAAGUAUUGAGAAACUUUUGUUAUUGACCAAAUACUUAUUUUCCACCAUAAUUUGCAAAUAAAUUCAUUAAAAAUCCUACAAUGUGAUUUUCUGGAUUUGAAAAAGUAUGAAAAAUGUAUGCACUCACUAACUGUAAGUCGCUCUGGAUAAGAGCGUCUACUAAAUGACUAAAAUGUAAAAAUUUAAAUAGCCUGACACUGAGUGUGUUAGGUUAAAUACUGUGUGUGUGUGUGUGUGUGUGUGUGUGUGGGAGGUUAAACUAACUGUACACACACAUACACACACACAUACAUACACACACAUACAUACAUACACACACACACACACACAUACACACACACUUGACCUGUGUUGUUCAGAUCCUCAGGUUCUAACUAACCCUCAUGGCUCUGAGGAGAAAUUCACCUCACAGUAGAUAAUAUUAUUAAUAUUAUUACCAGUUAAACACCUCAGCAGGAGUUCCUACACCUCUGCUCUGGCACAAACAACAUCAAACAUCCACAUACUGGUUGCGUCCCAAAUGCAACCCUGUUCCUUUCAGAGACGAGGACCCUUUGUCACGCCCUGACUCAGGGGACUCGUAUAUGUUGAGUCCGGGUGUGAAUGUUCUAUGUUGUGUAUUUCUAUGUUGGUGUUCAAGUAUAUAUAGAUCUAUGUUGGCCGGUGUGGUUCCCAAUCAGAGGCAGCUGUCGCUCGUUGUCUCUGAUUGGGGACCAUACUUAGGCAGCCUAUUGGCACUGUCAAGUUGUGGGAUCUUGUUCCGUAUAAGGUAUGUGUUUGUGUCUACCUUGGACUUCACGGUUCGUUUCGUUUCGUUUAUUGUUUUGUCGAGUGUUUAUUAUGUUUAAAUAAACAUGUAUGCAUAUCACGCUGCGCCUUGGUCCGUCCCGUCUGUAAACGAUCGUGACAGAAGAUCCCACCAAACGAGGACCAAGCAGCGUGCCCAGGCGGAGCGAAGGGCCAUGUCACAGGUGGGCAAGUUGUGGUCAUGGGAAGAGAUAUUUGCAGGGAAAGGACCAUGGGCUAAGGUAGAUGCCCAGGCAGGAGAGGAGCAAUGGCAACACGGAGGAGGCCGGUCGAGGAGGAAGCCCGAGAGGCAGCCAUAAUAAAACAUUUUUGGGGGGCACACGGGGUGGUUGGCGGAGCCUAGGGUUAGAGCAGAGCCAACUCCCCGUACUCACGCAAGAAGGCAUAUGACUGGGCAAGCUCUGUGUUAUGCGGAGCUACGUACUGUGUCGCCAGUGCGCCGGCACAGUCCUGGACGUCCUGUGCUUGCACCACGCACGUGCCGUGCGAAGAUGGGCAUCCAGCCAGGACGGGUUGUGCCGGCUCAACGCUCCUGGUCUCCAGUACGCCUCCUCGGUCCCACAUAUCCUGCGCCAGAUCUACGAGCUGUAUCGCCAGUGCGCGUGCACAGCCCAGUGCGUCCUGUGACAGCGCCCCGCACGUGUAGUGCGAAAGUGGGCAGCCAGCCAGGACGGGUUGUGCCAGCUCUCCGCUCCAGACCUCCAGUCCACCUUCGCAGUCCGGUCCAGCCCGUUCCUGCUCCUCGUACCAAGCCAGUGGUGCGCGUCGCCAGUCCGGCCUGAUCCUGCCCCUCGCACCAAGCAAGUGGUGCGCAUUGCCAGUCCGGCCCGGCCUGUUCCUGCCCCUCGCACCAAGCCAGUGGUGCGCGUCGCCAGCCCGGCCCGUUCCUGCUCCUCGCACCAAGCCAGUAGUGCGCGUCGCCAGUCCGGCCUGUUCCUGCCCCUCGCACCAAGCCAGUGGUGCGCGUCGCCAGUCCGGCCCGGCCUGUUCCUGCCCCUCGCACCAAGCCAGUGGUGCGCAUCGCCAGUCCGGCCGGCCUGUUCCUGCCCCUCGCACCAAGCCAGUGGUGCGCGUCGGCAGUCCGGCCCGGCCUGUUCCUGCCCCUCGCACCAAGCCAGUGGUGCGCGUCGCCAGCCCAGCCCGGCCCGUUCCUGCUCCUCGCAUCAAGCCAGUGGUGCGCGUCGGCAGUCCGGCCCGGCCUGUUCCUGCCCCUCGCACCAAGCCAGUGGUGCGCGUCGCCAGCCUGGCCCGGCCCGUUCCUGCUGCUCGCAUCAAGCCAGUGGUGCGCGUCGCCAGCCCGGCCCGGCCCGUUCCUGCUCCUCGCAUCAAGCCAGUGGUGCGUGUUCCUAGUCCGUUCCGGCCCAUGCCUGCUCCUCGCACCAGACCAGUGGUGCGUGUGUCCAGUCCGGCACGGCCCGUGCCUGUUCCACCGGUGCCUGGUCUGGCACCGGUCAGCUGCUCCACUCCGGAGCCAGAGCAGUCCGCUCCACCGGUGCCUGAUCCAGCUCCGGUUAGCUGCUCCACUCCGGAGCCAGAGCAAUCCGCUCCACCAGGGUCAAGUCCAGCUCCAGUCAGCGGAUCGACUCCGGUCCAGAGCAGUCCGCUCCACCGGUGCCCAGUUCAGCUCCGUUCAGCUGCUCCACUCCGGAGCCAGAGCAAUCCGCUCCACCGGGGUCCAGUCCAGCUCCGGUCAGCGGCUCCACUCCGGAGCCAGAGCAGUCCGCUCCACCGGUGCCUGAUCCAGCUCCGGUCAGCGGCUCCACUCCGGAGCCAGAGCAGUUCGCUCCACCGUCGUCGGGUCCAGCUCCAGUCAGCGGUUCCAGUCCAGACCCAGACGUCAGCCCCUCUCCAGGUUCGGGGUCUUCCACACCAGGGUCCAGACAGGGCUUGGUACUUCGUGGAAGGAAGGAGAAGGGAAGCAGCGCGCCGAGGUCCAGACCAGACCAGGGGUGCAACAGGGAGGCGGAGAGUAAGAGGUCGUCACGCCCGGAGUCGGAUCCGCCUCCGAGGCGGAAUGCCCACCCGGCCCCUACCCUAUUAUGUUUAUGUUGAGCGGUCGGAGUCCGCACCUUUGGGGGGGGUACUGUCACGCCCUGACUCAGGGGACUCGUAUAUGUUGAGUCAGGGUGUGUAUGUUCUAUGUUGUGUAUUUCUAUGUUGGUGUUCUAGUAUAUAUAGAUCUAUGUUGGCCGGUGUGGUUCCCAAUCAGAGGCAGCUGUCGCUCGUUGUCCCUGAUUGGGGACCAUACUCAGGCAGCCUAUUGGCACUGUCAAGUUGUGGGAUCUUGUUCCGUAUAAGGUAUGUUGUUUGUGUCUACCUUGGACUUCACGUUUCAUUUUGGUUAUUGUUUUGUCGAGUGUUUAUUAAGUUUAAAUAAACAUGUAUGCAUAUCACACUGCGCCUUGGUCCGUCCCGUCUGUAAACGAUAUUGACACCCUUUAUUCUACAGCAGAGACCUUGAGGAUGAAGACGACUAAAAGGCAAUUCCAACAAAUCCACGCGCCAAAAUAACGUGGAGAAAACAUUUCUGACAUGUUUCCCUCCCAGUUGUUUUCAUGAAUCAGCAAUUUCAAAGGUUUCUCUAGUAUUCUUUUACAUUUGUUUGUUUCCUACCUGUGCAUCCCAAAUGGCACCCUAUUCUCUAUAUAGUGCACUACUUUUGAGCAGAGCCAUAGGGCCAAUAUAGUGAAUAGGGUGCCAUUUGGAAUGUAGUUUAUGUGAUAUAGCUACUCCCUACAGUGCUGAAUAGAUGUGUUUGUUGUUUGUUUUUUGUUUUUCUUCCUUGCAGGGUAAUGCAUACAUUUCUAUUUUCUCUUGCAGGGUAAUGAAUACAUAACGUGUAUGCCAGGGCCCGUCAGACGAUGGAAUUACCCCGUACCUCUGUGCUUAGGUAAUGUAUUCAUUCUAUACAAGUCGUCUUUAUCAUAGUAAUGUUUACAUUUUUACAGUAUACAAGUCUGUAGUGUUUUGGUAUUGAGAUUAACCAACAUAUCUAACAUCACACCUGUAUGAACUAUCACAUCAAUUUAUGCUCUCACUAUGACUACAGUACCUCAUUAGAAUAUAAAUUCAGAGGAAAGCAACAUUGUACAUUUUGGAUGUAAAUGUAUCUAUCUCCACUGCAACCAAUCAGUCAGAAUGUGUCUCUUCUCUGUAGUUGAUAUCAAUCAGUCAGAAUGUGUCUCUUCUCUGUAGUUGAUAUCAAUCAGUCAGAAUGUGUCUCUUCUCUGUAGUUGAUAUCAAUCAGUCAGAAUGUGUCUCUUCUCUGUAGGUGAUAUCAAUCAGUCAGAAUGUGUCUCUUCUCUGUAGGUGAUAUCAAUCCGUCAGAAUGUGUCUCUUCUUUGUAGUUGAUAUCGCUGAUGAGUCUGAGUAUAGCCUGUUUGUUUCUGCUAUACAGAUUGGUAGGAUGACUUCUAGGAUUAGAGAGUUUGUUUCUGCUAUACUGCUUGGUAGGAUGACUUCUAGGAUUAGAGAGUUUGUUUCUGCUAUACUGCUUGGUAGGAUGACUUCUAGGAUUAGAGAGUUUGUUUCUGCUAUACUGAUUGGUAGGAUGACUUCUAGGAUUAGAGAGUUUGUUUCUGCUAUACUGAUUGGUAGGAUGACUUCUAGGAUUAGAGUUUGUUUCUGCUAUACUGCUGAUUGGUAGGAUGACUUCUAGGAUUUGAGAGUUUGUUUCUGUUAUACUACUGAUUGGUAGGAUGACUUCUAGGAUUUUAGAGUUUGUUUCUGUUAUACUACUGAUUGGUAGGAUGACUUCUAGGAUUAGAGAGUUUGUUUCUGCUAUGCUGCUUGGUAGGAUGACUUCUAGGAUUAGAGAGUUUGUUUCUGCUAUACUGAUUGGUAGGAUGACUUCUAGGAUUAGAGAGUUUGUUUCUGCUAUACUGAUUGGUAGGAUGACUUCUAGGAUUAGAGAGUUUGUUUCUGCUAUACUGCUGCUUGGUAUGAUGACUUCUAGGAUUAGAGAGUUUGUUUCUGCUAUACUGAUUGGUAGGAUGACUUCUAGGAUUAGAGGUUUUUUCUGCUAUACUGAUUGGUAGGAUGACUUCUAGGAUUAGAGAGUUUGUUUCUGUUAUACUGAUUGGGAGGAGGACUUCUAGGAUUAGAGAGUUUGUUUCUGUUAUACUGAUUGGGAGGAGGACUUCUAGGAUUAGAGAGUUUGUUUCUGCUAUACUGCUGAUCGGUAGGAUGACUUCUAGGAUUAGAGAGUUUGUUUCUGCUAUACUGAUUGGUAGGAUGACUUCUAGGAUUAGAGAGUUUGUUUCUGCUAUACUGAUUGGUAGGAUGACUUCUAGGAUUAGAGAGUUUGUUUCUGCUAUGCUGCUUGGUAGGAUGACUUCUAGGAUUAGAGAGUUUGUUUCUGCUAUGCUGAUUGGUAUGAUGACUUCUAGGAUUAGAGAGUGUUUCUGCUCUACUGCUGAUCGGUAGGAUGACUUCUAGGAUUAGAGAGUUUGUUUCUGUUAUACUGAUUGGGAGGAGGACUUCUAGGAUUAGAGAGAUUGUUUCUGCUCUACUGCUGAUUGGGAGGAGGACUUCUAGGAUUAGAGAGCAGUGAAAUCAAAUCAAAAAAUCAAAUCAAAUGUUAUUGGUCGCAUACACAUGUUUAGCAGAUGUUAUUGCGGGUGUAGUGAAAUUAUUGUGUUCCUAGCUCCAACAGUGCAGUAAUAUCUAACAAUACACAACAAUACACACACAUCGAAAAGUAAAAGAAUGGAAUUAAGAAAUAUAGAAAUGUCGGAGUCCGGAGUAUAAAUAUAUAUAUAUAUAUAAAUAUAGAUAUACAGUACAUGUACAUAUAUGUGAUUGGAUGUAUAGACAUUAUGGACAGUAUGUGGAUAGAAUAUAUAGUAUAUCUGAAGAAUACGUAGGAUAGAAUAGUAAAUAUACAGCCAUAGGUGAAUAGGAUGGACUUGAUAGAAUACAGUAUGUACUGUACAUACCCUGACCACUGCUUAGAUCACCACAGUUCACAAUGUUCUAGUAAGCCGCCAGAAUACUUGAUGAUAGUUGAUUGAAACAGCACGUUGUUUGUAAUUACUUCCCCAAACCAUAGCCCUAACCUUAACCACUCUGAAUUAAUACCUAAACUUAGCCCUUUGAGUUGUUUCUGUUUUAACCCUGUAAGCACGCGGAAUGAAUACAUCAAAAAUAGACAGUCAUCAAUAAUAUGUACAAUUUACAGGGAAACUAUGAGUUCUUGUUAUUGAUAAACUGUUUAUAAAACACACACACUGACACAUGCCCGGGCACACACACACUCUCUCUCUCUCUCUCUCUCUCUGUAACAUGUCUUCUCCUUGGUGUUACAGCUCAGUGUGGAGGCUCUAUGACAGAAUUCAGUGGAGUGAUCCUGAGUCCAGGCUUCCCAGGGAAUUACCCCAGCAGUGUGGACUGUAACUGGAGCGUACAGCUCCCCAUAGGCUUCGGUCUGUCUUCUCUACUGUUGCUGCUGUUGUUUUCUUUGUCCUUCACUGUCACAUAAAUAAAUUUACGUUUUCAAGUUAUAGGAUAACAAUGUUUCUUUGUAAGAGUAAACAGUUUAAAGAAAUGCAUCCCCAGACUGUAUUUUUAUUACACCAAGUCUCUCAAUUUUUCAAUUUCAAUUUAAGGGCUUUAUUGGCAUGGGAAACGUAUGUUAUCAUUGCCAAAGCAAGUGAAGUAGAUAGUAAACAAAAGUGAAAUAAACAAUAAAAUUAACAGCAAACAUUACACUCAAGUAGUAUCUCUCUCUCCUCUCUCUCCCCCCCCCUCUCUCUCUCCCCCUCUCCCCCCUCUCUCUCUCUCUCUCUCCUCCCCCCCUCUCUCUCUCCCUCCCUCUCUCUCUCUCCCCCCUCUCUCUUUCCCCCCUCUCUCUCGCCCUCCCUCUCUCUUUCUCUCUCUCUUUCCCUCUCUCUCUCUUUCCCUCUCUCCCCCCUCAUCUCUCUCCCCCCUCUCUCUCUUCUCUCCCCCUCUCUCUCUCCCCUCCCUCCUCUCUCUCUCCCCUCUCUCUCUCUCCCCCCUCCCUCUCUCCCUCCCUCUCUCUCUUUCCCCCCUCUCUUUCUCUCCCUCCCUCUCUUUCUUUCCCUCUCUCACUCUCUUUCCCUCUCUCUCUUUCCCUCUCUCUCCUCUCUCUCUCUCUCUCUCUCUCUCUCUCUCUCUCUCUUUCUCUCUCUUCCCUCUUUAUUUUAGGCAUUCACCUGCAGUUUCUAAACCUCUCUACUGAAGCGGUGCAUGACUAUCUGGAGGUGCGCAGCGGGAGUUUGGAGACGGGUUCGGUGAUCGAUAGGUUCAGUGGGUCUGUUGUGCCUGACUCUCUGUUCAGCACCACACAUGAGACCAGCUUCUUGUUCCACAGUGACUACUCUCAGAACAAACCUGGCUUCCACAUCAUCUAUGAGGGUGAGAACAUUGGAAAGGAAAGUUUAAAGUAUUGGACUUUUGGACCCACUUAAGCUCUUAAGUGUGAUGCGUACUGAGUAUACGAAGAGGCAGGACGCAGACGAAGGAAUUAACAAGGUCAAGGUUUACUUAAACAAUGAGCAAGAGAAAUAACAAAGAGUAAAUGACAAGAAGCUUAACAAUCACACACAACAUUAUCCAGAACAGUCCAGAGCUAAAAAGGGGUGGUAAUGAGAUGAUGAGGUGCAGGUGCGCUGAAGGUGAUUAGGGUGCGUUGGGUUUCCAUUCCGGUGUUGCCGAGGUGGUGCGCUCAGACCGGUGGCUCAGUAGACCGGCGAAUCAGAGCGCCGGAGGGGAGCAACGGCAGCAGAUGUGACAUUAAGAGCCAUUUCCGCUAGAUGGGCCAGCUGCAAAGUCAAAAUGGGUUAUAUUGUAAAAAAUGUAUGAAACAUUUAAAGUUAGGCAUUAGGGUUAGCACUGUGGUUAAAAUUAGGGUUACGGUUAGGUUUAAAAUCAUAUUUUAUGACUUUGUGGCUGUGCCAGCUAGUUACCACUCCGCAGAGCUGCCUCCAGAACAAGGUUCAUGACAAAAAACACUAACCUGCGACUCGGGAGUUUGGUACCAAGUAGCUUUUAGGAGUUGAACCCCAGUUGGAGUUUGGUACCAAGUAGCUUUUAGGAGCUGAACCCCAGUUGGAGUUUGGUAACAAGUAGCUUUUAUGAGCCUUUAUAUUUAGCCUCACAAUUAAGUGUUUUACCAUUUACUUUUGGGGACAACCAGAGCUAAAAGUAAAACACAAAACAAUUUGACAUAAUCAGUUGCAUUCAUGAGUUUUAUUGACAAAUGGCCAAAAAUGUCCUCAAUCAAAAACCUGAUAAAAUUACAUUCAUAAGAAGGCUGUAAGUACAGAAAUUGUUUGCCCAGUGGAAAAAGAAAUAUCCAACUAGUCAGUGACAGCUGUGUGGAAUUUGGAGUUUGGGACAUUACAGUAACUAUGUGAGCUUAUUACAGUAUUAUAGACACUAUGUCCUGGGAUUUCCUAUGAUGUUCUAUGUAGAAGAACUCCUUACCUUCUAACGAAUCUUGUGUGGCUUGUGAGCAAAACAUUUGUGUGUUCCUGAGAGUCUCAUCUUUUCAUAGAUGGGUCAAAAUAGUUUGUAGCUCAAACAGUUGGGACUCUACAGACGUUCUUGUGAGAAGAACCAGAUCCGGGAUCCGCCCUUGUCUCACAAACACCGCUCUACCUCAGCCCCCAUUAAUCACACAGACUAAUGGUUCAUCUGCCCUUGUCUCACAAACACCGCUCUAUCUCAGCCCCCAUUAAUCACACAGACUAAUAGUUCAUCUGCCCUUGUCUCACAAACACCGCUCUACCUCAGCCCCCAUUAAUCACACAGACUAAUGGUUCAUCUGCCCUUGUCUCACAAACACCGCUCUAUCUCAGCCCCCAUUAAUCAAACAGACUAAUGAUUAAUCUGCAGUUGUUUUGCCCUCUAACCAUUCAAAUAAAACACCAUUAACAAACCCUUUGUGUUUCCUGUUGACCAAUAGCCUAUGAGCUCCAGCGCUGCCCUGACCCGAGGCCGUUCCGUAACGGCGUGGUGAUAGGCAGAGACUUCGGAGUGGGCCUGACCAUCUCGUUUGAGUGCCUGCCAGGUUACACCCUGAUAGGAGAGGUCUCACUCACCUGCCUGCAUGGGGUUAGCAGAAACUGGAACUACCCUGUACCAUGCUGUCAAGGUGACUGGAUUCAUUUAAUGCAUCAUGUGUUUAAUAUCUCUGGAAGGAUAUUUUAGAGUAACAUUAAAUGUGAUGUAGUAGUGUAAAUUUAGGUUCACCAUGCUGUCAUUUAAUGUUCCAUUUAAACAUUUUACCACUUUACAUUUUAUCAUCUUUGAAAUUAUAAUAAUAAUUUGGUUCACACAUGUACAAGUGUGCAUUAAUGGAUCAUGUGUGAAUCGGACAUUUGUUUUUUGCAUAUCCCAACUGUCCCCUCAGAGACUGGGGUCACAGCCAGGGGUCACGGUCAGAUGGUAGAGUAUCUUUGAAUGUGAAGGUGUAGUGUGGUGUUGUCACUCGAUGGGCCUUUAUUCAAUUUGAACGCUGAGAAGGUGUCUGUCUUAGUUUCAUGUUUCACAUCUCUGGAAAUUGAAUAAUCAUUAGAUGAUUUAUUACCUUUUAGACUCUUACACUAUAUGGUAUUAUAUAGUGUGGCUGUUUUUUCUCAUGUACCACACUGGUUGUUGUUUCUCAUGUACCACACUGGCUGUUGUUUAUCAUGUACCACACUGGCUGUUGUUUAGCAUGUACCACACUGGCUGUUGUUUAUCAUGUAGCUGUUGUUUCUCAUGUACCACACUGGCCGUUUUUUCUAAUGUACCACGCUGUCUGUUGUUUCUCAUGUACCACACUGGCUGUUGUUUCUCAUGUACCACACUGGCUGUUGUUUCUCAAGUACCACACUGGCUGUUGUUUAUCAUGUACCACGCUGUCUGUUGUUUCUCAUGUACCACACUGGCUGUUUUUUCUUAUGUACCACGCUGUCUGUUGUUUCUCAUGUACCACGCUGUCUGUUGUUUCUCAUGUACCACACUGGCUGUUGUUUAUCAUGUACCACGCUGUCUGUUGUUUCUCAUGUACCACACUGGCUGUUUUUUCUCAUGUACCACGCUGGCUGUUGUUUCUCAUGUACCACACUGGCUGUUGUUUCUCAUGUACCACACUGGCUGUUGUUUCUCAUGUACCACACUGGCUGUUGUUUCUCAUGUACCACACUGGCUGUUGUUUCUCAUGUACCACACUGGCUGUUGUUUCUCAUGUACCACACUGGCUGUUGUGUAUCAUGUACCACACUGGCUGUUGUAUAUCAUGUACCACACUGGUUAUUGUUUAUCAUAUACCACACUGGCUGUUGUUUAUCAUGCACCACACUGGCUGUUCUUUCUCAUAUACCACACUGGCUGUUGUCUAUCAUGUACAUCACUGGCUGUUGUUUCUCAUGUAGCUGUUGUUUCUCAUCUACCACACUGGUUGUUGUUUCUCAUGUACCACACUGGCUAUUGAUUAUCAUGUAGCUAUUGUUUCUCAUGUACCACACUGGCUGUUGUCUAUCAUGUACAUCACUGGCUGUUGUUUCUCAUGUAGCUGUUGUUUCUCAUCUACCACACUGGUUGUUGUUUCUCAUGUACCACACUGGUUGUUUUUUCUUAUGUACCACACUGGCUGUUGUAUAUCAUGUACCACAGUGGCUGUUGUUUCCCAUGUACCACACUGGCUGUUGUUUCUCAUGUACCACACUGGCUGCUGUUUAUCAUGUAUCACACUGGCUGUUGUUUUUCAUGUACCACACUGGCUGUUGUUUCUCAUGUACCACGCUGUCUGUUGUUUCUCAUGUACCACGCUGUCUGUUGUUUCUCAUGUACCACACUGGCUGUUGUUUCUCAUGUACCACACUGGCUGUUGUCUAUCAUGUACCACACUGGCUGUUGUUUAUCAUGUAGCAGUUGUUUAUCAUGUACCACACUGGUUGUUGUUUCUCAUGUACCACACUUGUUGUUGUUUCUCAUGUACCACACUGGCUGUUGUAUAUCAUGUACCACAGUGGCUGUUGUUUCCCAUGUACCACACUGGCUGUUGUUUCUCAUGUUCCACACUGGCUGCUGUUUAUCAUGUAUCACACUGGCUGAUGUUUUUCAUGUACUACACUGGCUGUUGUUUCUCAUGUACCACACUGGCUGUUGUUUCUCAUGUACCACACCGACUGUUGUUUCUCAUGUACCACACUGGCUAUGGUCUAUCAUGUACCACACUGGCUGUUGUUUAUCAUGUAGCACACUGGCUGUUGUUUCUCAUGAACCAGAUCCAGCCUCAGCCUUUAGAGUGUGUAGUCUCUCCAGACUUGAUUCAGUUUAAACUUGAACGCUUGCUUUGACUCCUCUAAAUUCAAAGACAGAUUUUAUAGGCUCAUUGAGCGGUUAUGACGGGGAGUUUUAGUGCCUGAAUCAUAGAAUGGGGCUCUGGUCGAAAGUAGUGGACUAUAUAGUGAAUAGGGUGCCAUUUCAGAUGCAGUCCAGGUAACUGACGUUAGUAACAAGGAUAGUGAAUUCUGGGGUUUACCCCUGCAGAAUACACACAUCUAUGAACAAUAACAAAAUCAUGUUUGGUUAUAGUUGGUUUACUUACAGUUAGCCACUAGAGUAGGUUUAAUCACCUACUGUAUAUCAGGGGACCGGCUGACGGUUUCAUUCUGUUCUCUCCUAUCUUUCAUUCUGUUCUCUCCUUCUAUCUUUCAUUCUGUUCUCUCCUUUUAUCUUUCAUGUACCACACUGGCUGUUUUUUCUUAUGUACCACGCUGUCUGUUGUUUCUCAUGUACCACGCUGUCUGUUGUUUCUCAUGUACCACACUGGCUGUUGUUUAUCAUGUACCACGCUGUCUGUUGUUUCUCAUGUACCACACUGGCUGUUGUAUAUCAUGUACCACAGUGGCUGUUGUUUCCCAUGUACCACACUGGCUGUUGUUUCUCAUGUACCACACUGGCUGCUGUUUAUCAUGUAUCACACUGGCUGUUGUUUUUCAUGUACCACACUGGCUGUUGUUUCUCAUGUACCACACUGUCUGUUGUUUCUCAUGUACCACGCUGUCUGUUGUUUCUCAUGUACCACACUGGCUGUUGUUUCUCAUGUACCACACUGGCUGUUGUCUAUCAUGUACCACACUGGCUGUUGUUUAUCAUGUAGCAGUUGUUUAUCAUGUACCACACUGGUUGUUGUUUCUCAUGUACCACACUUGUUGUUGUUUCUCAUGUACCACACUGGCUGUUGUAUAUCAUGUACCACAGUGGCUGUUGUUUCCCAUGUACCACACUGGCUGUUGUUUCUCAUGUACCACACUGGCUGCUGUUUAUCAUGUACCACACUGGCUGUUGUUUAGCAUGUACCACACUGGCUGUUGUUUAUCAUGUGGCUGUUGUUUCUCAUGUACCACGUUGUCUGUUGUUUCUCAUGUACAACACUGGCUGUUGUUUCUCAUGUACCACAAUGGCUGUUGUCUAUCAUGUACCACACUGGCUGUUGUUUAUCAUGUAGCAGUUGUUUAUCAUGUACCACACUGGUUGUUGUUUCUCAUGUACCACACUGGUUGUUGUUUCUCAUGUACCACACUGGUUGUUGUUUGUCAUGUACCACACUGGAUGUGGUUUGUCAUGUACCACACUGGCUGUUGUCUAUCAUGUACCACACUGGCUGUUGUUUAUCAUGUAGCACACUGGUUGUUGUUUCUCAUAUACCACACUGGUUGUUGUUUCUCAUGUACCACACAGGUUGUUGUUUCUAAUAUACCACACUGGAUGUUGUUUGUCAUGUACUACACUGGCUGUUGUCUAUCAUGUACCACACUGGUUGUUGUUUUUCAUAUACCACACUGGUUGUUGUUUAUCAUGUACCACACAGGUUGUUGUUUCUCAUGUACCACACAGGUUGUUGUUUCUAAUAUACCACACUGGAUGUUGUUUCUCAUGUACCACACUGGUUAUUGUUUAUCAUAUACCACACUGGCUAUUGUUUAUCAUGUACCACACUGGCUGUUUCUCAUAUACCACACUGGCUGUUGUCUAUCAUGUACCACACUGGCUGUUGUUUCUCAUGUACCACACUGGCUGUUGUUUCUCAUGUACCACUCUGGCUGUUGUUUAUCAUGUAGCUGUUGUUUAUCAUGUACCACACUGGUUAUUGUUUAUCAUAUACCACACUGGCUGUUGUUUAUCUUGUACCACACUGGCUGUUCUUUCUCAUAUACCACACUGGCUGUUGUCUAUCAUAUACUAAACUGGCUGUUGUUUAUCAUGUAGCUGUUGUUUAUCAUGUACCACACUGGCUGUUGUCUAUCAUGUACCACAGUGGCUGUUGUUUUUCAUGUACCACACUGGCUGUUGUUUCUCAUGUACCACACUGGCUGUUGUUUCUCAUGUACCACACUGGCUGUUGUUUCUCAUGUACCACACUGGCUGUUGUUUCUCAUGUACUACACUGGCUGUUGUUUCUCAUGUACCACACUGGCUGUUGUUUCUCAUGUACCACACCGACUGUUGUUUCUCAUGUACCACACUGGCUGUGGUCUAUCAUGUACCACACUGGCUGUUGUUUAUCAUGUAGCACACUGGCUGUUGUUUCUCAUGAACCAGAUCCAGCCUCAGCCUUUAGAGUGUGUAGUGUCUCCAGACUUGAUUCAGUUUAAACUUGAACGCUUGCUUUGACUCCUCUAAAUUCAAAGACAGAUUUUAUAGGCUCAUUGAGCGGUUAUGACAGGGAGUUUUAGUGCCUGAAUCAUAGAAUGGGGCUCUGGUCGAAAGUAGUGGACUAUAUAGUGAAUAGGGUGCCAUUUCAGAUGCAGCCCAGGUAACUGACGUUAGUAACAAGGAUAGUGAAUUCUGGGGUUUACCCCUGCAGAAUACACACAUCUAUGAACAAUAACAAAAUCAUGUUUGGUUAUAGUUGGUUUACUUACAGUUAGCCACUAGAGUAGGUUUAAUCAUAAUAAUAAUAUGCCAUUUAGCAGACGCUUUUAUCCAAAGCGACUUACAGUCAUGCGUGCAUACAUUUUUUUUUUUUUUUGUGUAUGGGUGGUCCCGGGGAUCGAACCCACUACCUUGGCGUUACAAGCGCCGUGCUCUACCAGCUGAGCUACAGAGGACCACCUACUGUAUAUCAGGGGACCGGCUGACGGUUUCAUUCUGUUCUCUCCUAUCUUUCAUUCUGUUCUCUCCUUCUAUCUUUCAUUCUGUUCUCUCCUUUUAUCUUUCAUUCUGUUCUCUCCUUCUAUCUUUCAUUCUGUUCUCUCCUAUCUUUCAUUCUGUUCUCUCCUAUCUUUCAUUCUGUUCUCUCCUAUCUUUCAUUCUGUUCUCUCCUUCUGUCUUUCAUUGAGGCGGCAGGUAGCUUAGUGGGUAAGAGUGUUGUGCCAGUAACCGAAAGGUCGCUGGUUCUAAUCCCCGAGCCGACUAGGUGAAAAAUCUGUCGAUGUGCCCUUAAGCAAGGCACUUAACCCUAAUUGCUCAUGUAAGUCGCUCUGGAUAAGAGCGUCUGCUAAAUGACUAAAAUGUGUAAAGUAAAUGUUUCCCUCCCUCCCUCCCUCUAGCCCAGUGUGGUGGUAAUAUCACAUCUCUGAAUGGGACCAUCUAUUCUCCCAGCCACCCAGCAGAGUACCCUAACUUCCAGGACUGCCUGUGGAGUGUACGGGUUCCCCCAGGGAAUGGUAUCUACAUCAACUUCACCGUUCUCAACACUGAACCCAUAUACGAUUACAUCACUGUCUGGUAAGUAGUGGACUUCAUAACAGUAGUAUGGUUGCAUCCCAAAGGGCACCCUAUUCCCUAUAUAGUGCACUACUUUUGACCAGUGCCCUAUGGGUAUAGGGUGUCAAUAGGGUGUAAUUUGGGACGUGUUGCUGAACAGCGUAUGUGUUGCUGAAUAUAUAAUUUCCCCCUUAAUAUCCUCAGUAGUGAUGCGCGGGUUGACUCAUAACCCGCAGUCCCCGCGGUUAAGGGGGGGUGGGUUUAGGGUCAUUAAUUAUUGUGUGGAUGAAGGGUGGGUGGGUGGCGGGUUGAAUGAAGAGAAAACAAUACCUUAAAAAAUCCAUAAAUGUAUCAUUCAUGUGCAAUUUCUAUCAAUAGGCUACAUUGAGGUUUUUCUUUCAUUAUUUGAGGAUAGUGCAUAAGCCUGAGCUUUAGGACCUAACUGAACGCGCACCAAAUGCUUUUGGGAACGGGCAGAAAACAUUUACGCCGAUCCACGGAGGCAAAAAGGACAAUGUGGGAGUGAAUAAGAGAAAAGCUGUGUAGUGGAGAGUUAAAGAUAAAGAGUAGGGAGGACAGAACAGUGAUGUUGGGAAAGAUUUGGUGAAGUGGUAAAAGAGGAUGAUAGCAGUGCCAGCUAUGUUAUGUGUGAUGAUUGUGAGGCUCUGUACAAAUUUGACAGUCACAAGACCGGGACUUUAAAUAGGCCUAUGGCAUGUCAGGGGAACUGUAACCUACUGUUCAGAUGGGUUAAAUGGAAACUAAAAUCUGGACACUGACUGUAGGUCUAUAACCUCUCACAUAGCCUUAAUAUUAACUCCUGCAUAGUUGAGCAUUUCUUGCAGUAAAAUUAUACACCAAAUGUAGGCACAGUUUUGACUCGAGAACAGAAGUGGAGAAAUAUGAUUUCUUUCAGCAUCUUGACAGAAUGCGAAUUCACAGUUAGAUACCGUCUGUAGAGGUGCUGUCUUUAUCAGCAUCAUAAAAUAUUAUAGUAUUUCAACCACAUAAAAGCCGAACUGAAACCUUAUCAGAAACAUGUAGGUUCUGGUGAUCAAGGGUUUAUUAAGUCUCCUAGGGCAACAUAUAAUGACAGAAGAGGAGCUGAUUGUAUCUAACUAUAGACAGGUUGACUAACAAAUAGACUUGAUAAGAAAUGAUAAGCAGAAACAUAUUUAAUCAGUCAUCCUGUCAAAACAUCCUUCCUGUCUCUGACUGUAGCCUAAAGUGUAUUUUCUAUAAUAGCGGGUUAUGGUCAGGAGCAGGCCUCAGAGUUUCACUUGAUCAAAUAUAGUCAGCCGGUUGAGGAUGAGUUAUUAGCAAUUGUAGACGGGUGCGGGUGAACAAACACUAAUCCUCAGGGUAUACUGGUAAAAAUAUUUGUCAGCAGCGGGAAGGAAACAGACCUUAAAACAUUUGAUACAGAGACAGAAGGAAACAGACCUUAAAACAUUUGAUACAGAGACAGAAGGAAACAGACCUUAAAACAUUUGAUACAGAGACAGAAGGAAACAGACCUUAAAACAUUUGAUACAGAGACAGAAGGAAACAGACCUUAAAACAUUUGAUACAGAGAUAGAAGGAAAUAGACCUUAAUGUGUUCUCUGCUAUCCUCUCCCUACUCCCACGAGCUGAACACACAAUGUAUUUCUGAGUAAAGGGCACUAGGGCCAAGUAACAAGUACUUUAUGACAGUAAAGGCAGUAUUUCCAGCUGGGGAAAAAAACUGAUAUAGCUACUCUAACAACAUUUGACCAAGCAGUUAUCCAUCAAUUACAUCAGUUUUCCAGAGAUAUUGUAGGGCUACACUUGCUAGCACUAACUGCAUUUGUACGUGUUUUUAAAAAGCAAAGCAUUACCAUAUCAUUUUAGAAUCAAUCAGCAAAAUGGAGGGGAAUGGAAUGUAAAAUGUGGAAUGUAUCAAGGGAUGUGUUGUUUAUGCUCCGUUUGAUUCCAGAACAGAACAGUAGAGCAGUAGAACAGCUCAGCAGCACCAUAAGGCAGUAGCACCGCCACCACAUGCCAGCCGGGGGAACCAACCCCAGGACUUUCUCUCUCUCUACACUCCCAUGGGGACACUUUGAGCUCUGCCUCGGGCUUAUAGUCAGGCGUCCACUUUAGAAAAACACUUCUGUUGGACACAGUAGACAUGCCAAAAACACUUCUGUUGGACUCAAUAGACAUGACAAAAACACUUAUGUUGGACUCAAUAGACAUGACAAAAACAUUUCUGUUGGACUCAAUAGACAUGACAAAAACAUUUCUGUUGGACUCAAUAGACAUGCCAAAAACACUUCUGUUGGACUCAAUAGACAUGCCAAAAACACUUAUGUUGGACUCAAUAGACAUGACAAAAACAUUUCUGUUGGACUCAAUAGACAUGACAAAAACAUUUCUGUUGGACUCAAUAGACAUGCCAAAAACACUUCUGUUGGACUCAAUAGACAUGCCAAAAACACUUAUGUUGGACUCAAUAGACAUGACAAAAACAUUUCUGUUGGACUCAAUAGACAUGACAAAAACACUUCUGUUAGACUCAAUAGACAUGAAUAGGGUGCCAUUUGGGAUGCAGCCUCAGUCAGGAAAACAGAUGUAUCUCUGCACUCAUGAUGCUGGUAUUAGUGGUAAUGUGUUUUCUCUGUAUAGCAGAGCAGACUACAGCGGCUGAAGUCUUCAGCGAUCGGUUCACACGUAAUGAUAGACCUAUUAAGGAGCGGUCCGGAGGGAAAUUGCUUAUCAUUGAAAAUCAUUAGUACUGGCUGUGGCUGUUGUUGACCUUAUUUAGCUGCGCUUUUCGUAAAACAAACUUCUCCUCAGGUUCUCUGGAUAUUCUGGCUGAGUUGAGCUCCCCCACAUCUCUGUAGCUAGUGCAGCACUUAGCUAGCUAGGACCCUGGAAGACCCAGGCCACUCAUAGAACAGCAAAGUGCUUCUUCUUCUUCUUCUUCUUCUUCUUCUUCUUCUUCUUCUUCUUCUUCUUCUUCUUCUUCUUCUUCUUCUUCGUCUUCGUCGUCAUCUUCAUCUUUCCUGAAUGUAGUUUAUUUCCUUUCUUUCUUUCGUUUGUAUGUGUUGGGGUGAUUGUCCCCAGAAAGCUUUGCAGCUUCCGUGGUACAUAACUAGCCACGACCCUCGAUGACCCAAACCCAGACUACUCUGGGUCACAACAGUAAAGUGCUUUAUUUUGGUGGGUUUUUGUUCAGAUUGAUGGUCAAACGGUCAAAGAUUUAACAGUUGUUAUUCUCACCUUGCUGAUUGGCUGGAUGGUCAUUAUCCAGAGAAAUAGAGUGCUACGUUAGCUACCAAGCUUUAGGAAAACUAAGGCUGCAUCCAAAAUAGUACCCUACCCCCUAUAAACCCACAGGGCUCUGGUCAAAAUAGUGCAAUAUGUAGGGUAUAGGGUGCCAUUUGGGAUGCAGUCUAACUCACACUCACCCCUGGUUGUUGCUCAUCGCUACAGGGCCACAGACCUAGACCACUCUCAGAACAAGAAAGUUAAUCAUUUGGCAAAUUUUGUCCACUUCACGCUCAGAGGAUUUACUUUGUCCAGACUAAUUACUCUCUCUCUGCUGUGGGACCAGGCUGUACCAAUUACUCUCUCUCUGCUGUGCUAUCAGACAAUUACUCUCUCUCUGCUGUGGACAAGCUGUACAGGCGACCGGCUAUCCCGCCAGAUAAUACGCCGGUUGUGGGGGUUCGAAACAAUUAUCUCUCGCUCUGUGGGAACAAGCUGUACAGACUAUUACUCUCUCCCUGCUGUGGGACCAGGCUGUCCAGACUAAUUACUCUCUCUCUGCUGUGGGACCAGGCUGUCCAGACUAAUUACUCUCUCUCUGCUGUGGGACCAGGCUGUCCAACAAAUUACUCUCUCUCUCUGCUGUGGGACCAGGCUGUACAACAAUUAUCUCUCUCCUCUGUGGGACCAGGCUGUCCAGACUAAUUAUUUCCCUCUGCUGUGGGACCAGGCUGUACAGACUAAUUACUACUCUCUCUGCUGUGGGACCAGGCUGUCCAACAAUUACUCUCUCUCUCUGCUGUGGGACCAGGCUGUCCUAUCCAGAUAUUACUCUCUCUUCUCUGUGGGACCAGGCUUACCAGACUAAUUACUUCCCUCUGCUGUGGGACCAGGCUGUACAGACUAAUUACACUCUCUCUGCUGUGGGACCAGGCUGUCCAGACUAAUUACUCUCUCUCUGCUGUGGGACCAGGCUGUCCAGACUCCAGACUAUUACUCUCUCUUCUGCUGUGGGACCAGGCUGUACAGAUUAAUUACUUUCUCUCUGCUGUGGGACCACGCUGUCCUGACUAAUUACUCUCUCUCUGCUGUGGGACCAGGCUGUCCAGAUUAAUGACUCUCUUUCUGCUGUGGGACCAGGCUAUCCAGAUAAUUACUCUAUUCUCUGCUGUGGGACCAGGCUGUCAGAUUAAUUACUUCUCUCUGCUGUGGGACCACGCUGUCCGACUAAUUACUCUCUCUCUGCUGUGGGACCAGGCUGUCAGAUUAAUACUCUCUUUCUGCUGUGGGACCAGGCUGUCAGAUUAAUUACUCUAUUCUCUGCUGUGGGACCAGGCUGUCCGACUAAUUACUCUCUCUCUGCUGUGGGACCAGGCUGUCCAGAUAAUUACUCUCUCUCUCUUGCUGUGGGACCAGGCUUACAGACUUAAUUACUCUCUCUCUGCUGUGGGACCAGGCUGUCAGAUUAAUUACUCUCUCUCUGCUGUGGGACCAGGCUGUCCGAUAAUGACUCUCUCUCUGCUGUGGGACCAGGCUGUCCAGACUAAUUACUCUCUCUUCUCUUCGUGGGACCAGGCUAUCCAGACUAAUACUCUCUCUCUGCUGUGGGACCAGGCUGUACAGAUUAAUUACUCUCUCUCUGCUGUGGGACCAGGCUGUCCAGAUCUAAUGACUCUCUCUUCUGCUGUGGGACCAGGCUGUCAGAUAAUUACUCUCUUUCUGCUGUGGGACCAGGCUGUCCCGACUAAUUACUCUCUCUCUGCUGUGGGACCAGGCUGUACAGAUAAUUACUCUCUCUCUGCUGUGGGACCAGGCUGUACAGACAAAUUACUCUCUCUCUGCUGUGGGACCAGGCUGUCCAGACAAUUACUCUCUCUCUGCUGUGGGACCAGGCUGUCCAGACUAAUUACUCUCUCUCUGCUGUGGGACCAGGCUGUCCAGACAAUUAUCUCUCUCUCUGCUGUGGGACCAGUUGUACAGACAAAUUACUCUCUCUCUGCUGUGGGACCAGGCUGUACAGACAAAUUACUCUCUCUCUGCUGUGGGACCAGGCUGUCCAGACUAAUUACUCUCUCUCUGCUGUGGGACCAGGCUUCCAGACUAAUUACUCUCUCUCUGCUGUGGGACCAGGCUGUACAGUACGAAAUUACUCUCUCUCUGCUGUGGGACCAGGCUGUACAGACAAUUAUUCUCUCUCUUCUGUGGGACCAGGCUGUCCAGACUAAUUACUCUCUCUCUGCUGUGGGACCAGGCUUCUCCAGACUAAUUACUCUCUCUUUCUGCUGUGGGACCAGGCUGUCCAGACAAUUACUCUCUCUCUGCUGUGGGACCAGGCUGUCCAGACAAUUAUCUCUCUCUUCUGUGGGACCAGGCUGUCCAGACUAAUUACUCUCUCUCUGCUGUGGGACCAGGCUGUCUAGACUCAGAUUAAUUACUCUCUCUUCUGCGUGGGACCAGGCUGUACAGAUUAAUUACUCUCUCUCUGCUGUGGGACCAGGCUGUCCAGACUAAUUACUCUCUCUCUGCUGUGGGACCAGGCUUCCAGAUAAUUACUCUCUCUCUGCUGUGGGACCAGGCUGUCAGAUUAAUUACUUCUCUCUGCGUGGGACCAGGCUGUACAGAUUAAUUACCUCUCUCUGCUGUGGGACCAGGCUGUCCAGACUAAUUACUCUCUCUCUGCUGUGGGACCAGGCUGUACAGAUUAAUUACUCUCUCUCUCUGCUGUGGGACCAGGCUGUCCAGAUUAAUGACUCUCUUUCUGCUGUGGGACCAGGCUGUACAGAUUAAUUACAUCUCUUUCUGCUGUGGGACCAGGCUGUACCAGAUAAUUACUCUCUCUCUGCUGUGGACCAGGCUGUACAGAUUAAUUACUCUCUCUCUGCUGUGGGACCAGGCUUGUACAGACUAAUUACUCUCUCUCUGCUGUGUGGGACCAGGCUGUACACGAUAUUACUCUCUCUCUGCUGUGGGACCAGGCUGUACAGAUUAAUUAUCUCUCUCUUCUGUGGGUACCAGGCUGUACAGAUUAAUUACUCUCUCUCUGCUGUGGGACCAGGCUUUCCAGACUAAUUACUCUCUCUCUGCUGUGGGACCAGGCUGUCCAUACGAAUUACUCUCUCUCUGCUGUGGGACCAGGCUGUCCAUACGAAUUAUUCUCUCUCUUCUGUGGGACCAGGCUGUCCAGACUAAUUACUCUCUCUCUGCUGUGGGACCAGGCUGUCUAGACUCCAGACUAAUUACUCUCUCUUUCUGCUGUGGGACCAGGCUGUACAGAUUAAUUACUCUCUCUCUGCUGUGGGACCAGGCUGUCCAGACUAAUUACUCUCUCUCUGCUGUGGGACCAGGCUAUCCAGACUAAUUACUCUCUCUCUGCUGUGGGACCAGGCUGUACAGAUUAAUUACUUUCUCUCUGCCGUGGGACCACGCUGUACAGAUUAAUUACUCUCUCUCUGCUGUGGGACCAGGCUGUCCAGACUAAUUACUCUCUCUCUGCUGUGGGACCAGGCUGUACAGAUUAAUUACUCUCUCUCUGCUGUGGGACCAGGCUGUCCAGAUUAAUGACUCUCUUUCUGCUGUGGGACCAGGCUGUACAGAUUAAUUACACUCUUUCUGCUGUGGGACCAGGCUGUCCAGACUAAUUACUCUCUCUCUGCUGUGGGACCAGGCUGUCCAGAUUAAUUACUCUCUCUCUGCUGUGGGACCAGGCUGUACAGAUUAAUUACUCUCUCUCUCUGCUGUGGGACCAGGCUGUACAGAUUAAUUACUCUCUCUCUGCUGUGGGACCAUGCUGUACAGAUUAAUUACUCUCUCUCUGCUGUGGUACCAGGCUGUACAGAUUAAUUACUCUCUCUCUGCUGUGGGACCAGGCUGUACAUAUUAAUUACUCUCUCUCUGCUGUGGGACCAGGCUGUCCAUACGAAUUACUCUCUCUCUGCUGUGGGACCAGGCUGUCCAUACGAAUUAUUCUCUCUCUUCUGUGGGACCAGGCUGUCCAGACUAAUUACUCUCUCUCUGCUGUGGGACCAGGCUGUCUAGACUCCAGACUAAUUACUCUCUCUUUCUGCUGUGGGACCAGGCUGUACAGAUUAAUUACUCUCUCUCUGCUGUGGGACCAGGCUGUCCAUACUAAUUACUCUCUCUCUGCUGUGGGACCAGGCUAUCCAGACUAAUUACUCUCUCUCUGCUGUGGGACCAGGCUGUACAGAUUAAUUACUUUCUCUCUGCCGUGGGACCACGCUGUACAGAUUAAUUACUCUCUCUCUGCUGUGGGACCAGGCUGUCCAGACUAAUUACUCUCUCUCUGCUGUGGGACCAGGCUGUACAGAUUAAUUACUCUCUCUCUGCUGUGGGACCAGGCUGUCCAGAUUAAUGACUCUCUUUCUGCUGUGGGACCAGGCUGUACAGAUUAAUUACACUCUUUCUGCUGUGGGACCAGGCUGUCCAGACUAAUUACUCUCUCUCUGCUGUGGGACCAGGCUGUCCAGAUUAAUUACUCUCUCUCUGCUGUGGGACCAGGCUGUACAGAUUAAUUACUCUCUCUCUCUGCUGUGGGACCAGGCUGUACAGAUUAAUUACUCUCUCUCUGCUGUGGGACCAGGCUGUACAGAUUAAUUACUCUCUCUCUGCUGUGGUACCAGGCUGUACAGAUUAAUUACUCUCUCUCUGCUGUGGGACCAGGCUGUACAUAUUAAUUACUCUCUCUCUGUGCUGUGGGACCAGGCUGUCCAGACAAAUUACUCUCUCUCUGCUGUGGGACCAGGCUGUCCAGACUAAUUAACUACAAAGCUUUGGGGAAACUAACUCACCCCUGAUUGGUUGUCAUCUCUCCCUACAGGGACGGCCCUGACCAAGGCUCUCCUCAGAUUGGUCAGUUCAGUGGGAACACGCCCCAGAAAGCAGUCUAUACCACAGCCAAUCAUGUCCUCAUCAAGUUCCACAGUGAUUUCAGCACCAGUGGGUUCUUUGUACUUAGCUACCAUGGUGAGUAGUGACCUUUUAAAGUUCUACUUAGUUACCAUGGUCAGUAGUGCCGUUUAAAAAUGUCAAUUUAGUUACCAUGGUGAGUAGUGCCCUUUUAAAGUUUCAACUUAGUUACCAUGGUGAGUAGUUCCCUUUUAAAGUUUCUACUUAGUUACCAUGGUCAGUAGUGCCCUUUUAAAGUUUCUACUUAGUUGCCAUGGUGUUCCCUGUUAAAGAGAGUGAUUCAGCUGUAAUGACUCUGAUUAAAAUGGACCCAUAGAUUAAAUAGAACCCUAGACUGGACAUUGGUAAUAUAAUGAAUUUACAGAUUUUAUGAAUGUACAGCCUUUAUGAACUUAUAGUGUUUAUUAUCUUACAGCCUUUAUGAAUGUACGGCCUUUAUGAACAACCCAGAAGGAUCUAAGGCUCUAUCUCAAUUAGUCUUUCCUUGAUUCCUCUCCCCGCCUCCUUCUCAACCUUAAUGGAAGGUCCAAGGUCCCUCCCCUCAGACCUUCUUCUCUGCGUUUUGAGAAGGCGGUAAGGAGGAGAGCGAUUGCAAGGACUAGAAGAAAGACGAAUAAGCCUAAGAGUAUUUAGCACAUACUGUAGGAACACAUGGGUCCAGAUGAGUCUAAGGUUUUGUUUUCUAUGCUGUUAUCAGCACCUUUAUCAGCUUGUUGUAUUAGUCAACCUCCAAGCUGCUUUCUAGCAUCUUGUUGUUCUUAUUGUCAUGAUGUCUAAUGAUAAACCAGAAUAUCAACACUCAUCUACUAACAUUUUCAUUCAAAAUUUUCAUUUGUUCAUUUUACCACAGUUUGAAUUAUCAUUACUUUUUGAUGAUCGUGGUGGAGGUUCAUAAUCUUGAUAGCUGACUAUUUAUAGAUUUACAGCCUUAUUAGUUUGAUGAGCUGACAGGAUGAAGGGGGUGUCGUGACGUGACUUUAACAUUAAUCUGAAGACUGCUAUUAUCUAAUCAACUAACUAUGUUUAAUUGUUACCCGAUUAUAUUAAUAAUGUAACAAUUAACUCAUUUGGAUCUGGGACACCACAAGAGUGGUUCUUUAAAGAGUCACCAUCUUCCGAAUAAACUCUAAAAGGUCUUUACCUAUCACAUCUAUAAACAGUCAACUUAUUAAUCAUAACCUCAUAUCAUAUCAUAAUUCUGAACAGUCGUAACCUAUUUCAUCUGCAAAAACCCGAGCCUUACUUAUGAUUCAAUACUACACAAAUUGGUUUAAGGAUUUAUUUACUAGCUAAUUAAAUGGGAACACAGUAUAAACAUACACACUCUGCACCGGUUAUUGACUGGAGAAAACAGGUCCCUAGCGGAAUGACAACAACAUGGCUGCUUUUUAAACAGAAGAGAUGGAGAGGAAGAAAGAGAGGGACAGACACUUAACCUUGAUACAUUCAGAAACUACUCUCAUCUACAGUAAUUACAUACUUGGCACACGAACCGCCGCUCGCUUUGAGUAAGAAAUCAUGAAUGUAUUUACGUGAAAUGCCUGGUUCGCCGUGUAUCUCUCUCGGUGGACAGGACCACCCUGGAAAGGGAGUUGGGCCUUCUCGCAGCGCGCUUGUAAGGCUCUGAUUGUCCAAAAAGGUUCCAACAAGUCUUCUACUGUUGUUCACUUCUUCGUAGUUGUCCGGUUUCCGAUGACUUUUCGUGUAGUCCUGAAUCAAACUACAGAGUUGAUUUUCCUUCCAUUCACUCUUGAAGAUGCAUCUUUGAAGAUAGGCUAGCCAGCCAUAUCGAUGGUUCCCCAGUGGGGUGAUGAGGGUAGAGUAAUACAGUGGUUUGAGCAGAGUAACAGAGGUUGGUCCUACUUAUAUUCACUUUCGAAGAUACUUUACAUAGGACAGCUAAUCAGCCGUACCAGUGAUUGUCCGGGUGGUGAGUUUUUCUUCUCCAGCUCAUGUUCAAACCACUUUAACACGUGCAGCUGCAGCUUUACGUCUUUCUGGUCUGAUAUGUUAAUUUCUUUACCCAUCAUGUAUACACUCUGCUCGAAAGGGGGCGGUUCCAUCAGGCUGACACGCUUUCUGACCUCACUUUGGUCGGUGACUAUUAACUGUGCCAAGUUAUGAAAAACAAUUAUCUCAUAUAACUUCUCAAAUCACAUCCCUCUCUUAACAAAAACACUUUAAUCAUUUUUCAUAUUAUACAGUGGCUUACAACCUGGAAUUAUAAUUGAUUUUUGUGGGGGUUUGUAUCAUUUGAUUUACACAACAUGCCUACCACUUUGAAACAAACAAGAAAUAAGACAAAGAAACUGAAAACUUGAGCGAGCAUAACUAUUCACCCUCCCAAAGUCAAUACUUUGUAGAGCCACAUUUUGCAGCAAUUACAGUUGCAAGUCUCUUGGGGUCUGUCUCUAUAAGCUUGGCACAUCUAGCCACUGGGAUUUUUGCCCAUUCUUCAAGGCAAAACUGCCCCAGCUCCUUCAAGUUGUAUGGGUUCCGCUGGUGUACAGCAAUCUUUAAGUCAUACCACAUAUUCUCAAUUGGAUUGAGGUCUGGGCUUUGACUAGGCCAUUCCAAGACAUUUAAAUGUUUCCCCUUAAACCACUCAAGUGUUGCUUUAGCAGUAUGCUUAGGGUCAUUGUCCUGCUGGAAGGUGAACCUCCGUCCCAGUCUCAAAUCUCUGGAAGACUGAAACAGGUUUCCCUCAAGACUUUCCCUGUAUUUAGCGCCAUCCAUCAUUCCUUCAAUUCUGACCAGUUUCCCAGUCCCUGCCGAUGAUGUUCUCGGGGAAAUGAGAGGUGUUAGGUUUGCACCAGACAUAGGGUUUUCCUUGAUGGCCAAAAAGCUCAAUUUUACUCUCAUCUGACCAGAGUACUUUCUUCCAUAUGUUUGGGGAGUCUCCCACAUGCCUUUUGGCGAACACCAAAUGUGUUUGCUUAUUUUUUUCUUUAAGCAAUGGCUUUUUUCUGGCCACUCUUCCGUAAAGCCCAGCUCUGUGGAGAGUACGGCUUAAAGUGGUCCUAUGAACAGAUAAUCUCCAAUGUGGAGCUUUGCAGCUCCUUCAGGGUUAUCUUUGGUCUCUUUGUUGCCUCUCUGAUUAAUGCCCUCCUUGCCUGGUCCGUGAGUUUUCGUGGUCGGCCCUCUCUUGGCAGGUUUGUUGUGGUGCCAUAUUCUUUCAAUUUUUUAAUAGUGGAUUUAAUGGUGCUCCGUGGGAUGUUCAAAGAUUCUGAUAUUUUUUUAUAACCCAACCCUGAUCUGUACUUCUCCACAACUUUGUCCCUGACCUGUUUGGAGAGCUCCUUGGUCUUCAUGGUGCCGGUUGCUUGGUGGUGCCCCUUGCUUAGUGGCGUUGCAGACUCUGGGGCCUUUCAGAACAGGUUAAUUUAUACUGAGAUCAUGUGACAUAUCAUGUGACACUUAGAUUGCACACAGAAAUACUUUAUGUAACUAAUUAUGUGACUUCUGAAGGUAAUUGGUUGCACCAGAUAUUAUUUAGGGGCUUCAUAGCAAAGGGGGUGAAUACAUAUGCACGCACCACUUUUCCGUUAUUUAUUUUGUAGAAUUCUUUGAAACAAGUAAUUAUUUUAAUUUCACUUCACCAAUUUGGACUAUUUUGUGUAUGUCCAUUACAUGAAAUCCAAAUAAAAAUCAAUUGAAAUUACAGGUUGUAAUGCAACAAAAAUGCGAAGGGGGAUGGAUAUUUUUGCAAGGCACUGUAUGCACAACACAUAGGAUGGACAAUUCCUACAUGUAGUGGGUAUACUUUCCAAGUUGCAGUAUUUCCUUUAUAACAUUUUUAAUGACAUCACAAAAUAACAAAUCAAAUGAUAUUAGUGUUCUAUAGAUCGCCUCCGACCAUUCCCCAAGUUCUACUUUAGAAAUAUUGUUCCAGUAUUCGCUUUUGAAUGUGUUAGAGUUUCAGCGGGAAAAAGUCUGUUGAAACAAAGACAUUCCUUGGGUGGUUCUUGAGAGGGAGAUCCUGGCCUUCUUUGUUGAUUUACAACAGGGUGUGAGCUUCCAAACCUGAUCUGACCUAUUUGGAUUCUCGUGGACAGUCAUGACAGGGGUGUGAUUACAGAGAACAGCCAAACACUUGUGUUGAUAUGUAAGUUAAUGUUUACCUUCUGUUGUUGUUUUUGUUUAUUGUUGUUGUUUAUCUCCCUUCACAGCAUACCAACUGAGAGUGUGUCAGUCUCCUCCAGCUGUUGCUAACGCGGAUAUCCUCACAGACCAUGACGAGUUUGAAAUAGGUCUGUCACAUUUAUACAUAUUCAUUCGGUUGUUUGGUUGGCUGGUUAUUUCUAUAUUAAUUCAUUUAUUUAUAUCAUACGUUGCUUCUAUUUUCAUUUAAUUAAAUACACUAGUACAAUUACAGUGCCUUGCAAAAAUAUUCAGACCCCUUGGAUUUGUCAAUAAUCUACACAAAAUACUCUGUUCAAAAAAUGUUUUAAGGUAAAUGAAAAAUCCCUAACUAAAAUAUAGUCGUUGUAUACAGUGGGGAAAAAAAGUAUUUAGUCAGCCACCAAUUGUGCAAGUUCUCCCACUUAAAAAGAUGAGAGAGGCCUGUAAUUUUCAUCAUAGGUACACGUCAACUAUGACAGACAAAAUGAGAAAAAAAAUCCAGAAAAUCACAUUGUAGGAUUUUUUAUGAAUUUAUUUGCAAAUUAUGGUGGAAAAUAAGUAUUUGGUCAAUAACAAAAGUUUCUCAAUACUUUGUUAUAUACCCUUUGUUGGCAAUGACACAGGUCAAACGUUUUCAAAAGUCUUCACAAGGUUUUCACACACUGUUGCUGGUAUUUUGGCCCAUUCCUCCAUGCAGAUCUCCUCUAGAGCAGUGAUGUUUUGGGGCUGUCGCUGGGCAACACGGACUUUCAACUCCCUCCAAAGAUUUUCUAUGGGGUUGAGAUCUGGAGACUGGCUAGGCCACUCCAGGACCUUGAAAUGCUUCUUACGAAGCCACUCCUUCGUUGCCUGGGCGGUGUGUUUGGGAUCAUUGUCAUGCUGAAAGACCCAGCCACGUUUCAUCUUCAAUUUUCACUCAAAAUCUCACGAUACAUGGCCCCAUUCAUUCUUUCCUUUACACGGAUCAGUCGUCCUGGUCCCUUUGCAGAAAAACAGCCCCAAAGCAUGAUGUUUCCACCCCCAUGCUUCACAGUAGGUAUGGUGUUCUUUGGAUGCAACUCAGCAUUCUUUGUCCUCCAAACACGACGAGUUGAGUUUUUACCAAAAAGUUAUAUUUUGAUUUCAUCUGACCAUAUGACAUUCUCCCAAUCCUCUUCUGGAUCAUCCAAAUGCACUCUAGCAAACUUCAGACAGGCCUGGACAUGUACUGGCUUAAGCAGGGGGACACGUCUGGCACUGCAGGAUUUGAGUCCCUGGCGGCGUAGUGUGUUACUGAUGGUAGGCUUUGUUACUUUGGUCCCAUCUCUCUGCAGGUCAUUCACUAGGUCCCCCCGUGUGGUUCUGGGAUUUUUGCUCACCGUUCUUGUGAUCAUUUUGACCCCACGGGGUGAGAUCUUGCGUGGAGCCCCAGAUCAAGGGAGAUUAUCAGUGGUCUUGUAUGUCUUCCAUUUCCUAAUAAUUAGUCUCACAGUUGAUUUCUUCAAACCAAGCUGCUUACCUAUUGCAGAUUCAGUCUUCCCAGCCUUGUGCAGGUCUACAAUUUUGUUUCUGGUGUCCUUUGACAGCUCUUUGGUCUUGGCCAUAGUGGAGUUUGGAGUGUGACUGUUUGAGGUUGUGGACAGGUGUCUUUUAUACUGAUAACAAGUUCAAACAGGUGCCAUUAAUACAGGUAACGAGUGGAGGACAGAGGAGCCUCUUAAAGAAGAAGUUACAGGUCUGUGAGAGCCAGAAAUCUUGCUUGUUUGUAGGUGACCAAAUACUUAUUUUCCACCAUAAUUUGCAAAUAAAUUCAUUAAAAAUCCUACAAUGUGAUUUUCUGGAUAUUUUUUUCUCAAUUUGUCUGUCAUAGUUGACGUGUACCUAUGAUGAAAAUUACAGGCCUCUCUCAUCUUUUUAAGUGGGAGAACAUGCACAAUUGGUGGCUGACUAAAUACUUUUUUCCCCCACUGUAAGUAUUCAGCCCCUUUGUUUAGACAAGCCUAAAUUAGUUCAGGAGUAAAAUGUGGCUUAACAAAUCACAUAAUAAGUUACAUGGACUCACUCUUUGUGAAAUAAUAGGGGUUGAUAGGAUUUUUGAAUGACUACCCCUUCCUCGGUCACCCAUACAACAUCUGUAAGUAAUUUCAAGCACAGAUUCAACUACAAAGACCAGGGAACUUUUCAAAAGCCUCAUAAAGAAGGGCAGUGAUUGGUAGAUGGGUAACAAUAACAUAUAUAUUCCAAAACAUCCAUCUUGUAUGCAACAAGGCAAUAAAGUAAUACUGCAACAACAACAAAAACACAGCAAAGGAAUACAUUUUGUGGGCCGAAAUGCAAAUCCAACACAACACAUACUGAGUAACUCCCUCCUUAUUUUCAAGCAUGGUGGUGGCUGCAUCAUGUUAUGGGUAUGCUUGUCAUUGGCAAAUACUGGGGAGUUUUUCAGGAUAAAAAGAAAACGGGAUGGAUCUAAUCACAGGAAAGCACCUAGAGGAAACCCUGCUUUAGUCUGCUUCACACCACAGACUGGGAGAGGAAUUCACCUUUCUUUCAGCAUGACAAUAACCUGCAACACAAGGUCAAAGCUACAAUGGAGUUCCUUACCAUUAAGACAGCGAAUGUUUCUGAGCGGCCAAGUUACAGUUUUUUAAAUCUGUUUGUAAAUCUAUGGCAAGACUUGACAAUUGCUCUAUAGCCAUGGUCCCCAACAUCUUGACAGAGCUUGAAGAAUUGUGAAUACAAUAAUGGUCAAAUGUUGUACAGUCCAGGUGUGCAAAGCUCUUAUAGACUUACCCAUGAAGACUCACAGCUGUAAUCCAUGCCAAAGGUGUUUCUAACAUGUAUUGACACAGGGAGCUUAAUAUUUAUGCAACGACUAUAUUUUAUUUAUUUUAUUUGUAUUAAUCUUAAAACAUUUUUUGAAUUGUUCUUCCGCUUUGAAAUGACAUUAGUAUUUUGUGUAGAUUGUUGACAAAAAAUGACAAUUAAAUCAAUGUUAAUCCCACUUUGUAACACAAUAAAAUGUGAAGACGUCCAAGGGCUCUGAAUACUUUUGCAAGGCACUGUAUCUUCCAAGUGAUUAACUUACACCAAGAUAAGAUCAUAUGGUUGUUUCAAAGGUACCCCAUCUCUUCAUCAGAGUGUCCAUCUUGCUAAUACCUUGACAACUACAGUACUGUCUUCAGACUUGGGUUCAAAUAGUAUUUGAUUAAUUUCAAAUACUUUAGCUGUGCUUGGUUGAGCUGGCCUGGCACCUGAUUAUAUCAAGCCAGGUCUGAUAGUGUUACAUCAAGCCAGGUCUGAUAGUGUUCAGUGAUGUCUAUGCCUCCUAUCUGAAAGGCUGUGUGUGUGUGUGUGUGUGCGUGUGCGUGUGUGCGUGUGCGUGCGUGUGCGUGCGUGUGCGUGUGUGUGCGUGUGUGUGUGUGUGUGUGUGUGUGUGUUGGUGUGUGUGUGUGCGUGGGUGUGUGUGUGUGUGGUUCCUCCAGGGGACAUCAUCAGGUACCAGUGCCUGCCAGGGUUCAGCCUGCUGGGCUCGGAGAUCCUGACGUGCCGGCUGGGGGAGAGGCUCCAGAUGGACGGCCCUCCACCUCUUUGCCAAGGUUAGUAUCGGCUGCAUCUGCAAUGGCACCCUAUUCCUUAUGUAGUGCACUGCUUUUGACCAGGGGUCAUAGAUGGACCAGGUAAUUUAGUGUUGGCAGAUCUAGAGGGCUUCUAAACCGAAGGCAUCACUCAGAAUUCAAACAUUCCUCUUAUAACCGUUUGGCUCUGCUGAAAAGUAGUGCACUAUAUAGUGAAUAGGGUGCCAUUAUGAUUCCAUCCAUCUCCUGGGCUGUAGCACAGAGAGUUCACAUUAUGGGAAACAUGGAGUCAGCUGCCACGCUGUAGCAUUGUUUUACCUCUUACUUCACCUCAUUCUUCUAUUUGUUGAUAUCUGAUGUACACAUUUCUAUAUACAGUUGGAAAUAUUGAGCUCUCUGCUGACACAAUCUAUAUUUGUUCAAGCUGUUUUAACGUGUCAUAUAUCUACUUUCUGUUCUCCCAGCUCAAAUGUUUUGCUGCCCUUUUUGCCUGAAUAUUUCACAUUUGUUGGCAACGUUAACCUUUUAUUGUGUUGUAUUACCUUCUCUCUAAAAAGGCCUGAAGAAAGUUAGCUGUUGUCAGAAUAACAAUAUGUUAGAAAGUUUAGUAAUUAUCUCAGACAUGCCACCCUCCAGUGCUGAGAAAGGUGCUGAUAUAUAAGCAUCUCUCUUCCAUUGGGGAUUAUUAUUAUGCUACCAAGGGACAAAGCUAGCACAGUGAACCAGUACUCUGUACCCUGAGGCCCUGUACCUGUCUCAGGCUAAAUGGAAUUGUUUCAUUGCACAUUAUUAUUUCACUGUAAUUUCCACAGCCACAGUCACAGCCACAGUCACAGCCACAGCCAGAGUCACAGCCACAGCCACAGUCACAGCCACAGUCACAGUCACAGCCACAGCCACAGUCACAGUCACAGUCACAGCCAGAGUAUGUCACAGCCAAGCCACAGUCACAGCCACAGUCACAGCCACAGUCACAGCCACAGCCACAGCCACCGCCACAGUCACAGCCACAGUCACAGCCACAGUCAGUCACAGCCAUAGUCACAACCACAGCCACAGCAACAGCCACAGCCACAGUCAGUCACAGCCACGACCACAGCCACAGCCACAGUCACAAACAUAACCAGAGCCACAGCCACAGUCACAGCCACAAUCACAGUCACAGCCACAGCCACAGUCACAGCCACGGUCACAGCCACAGCCACAGUCUCAGCCACGGCACGGCCACAAUCACAGCCACAGUCACAGCCACAGUCACAGUCACAGCCACAGUCACAGUUAGUCACAGCCACAGCCACACUAUGUCACAGCCAAGCCACAGUCACAGCCACAGCCACAGCCACGGUCACAGCCACGGUCACAGCCACAACCACAGCCACAGUCACAGCCACAGUCACAGCCACAGCCACAGCCACGGCCAUGGUCACAACCACUGCCACUGCCACGGCCACGGCCACUGCCACUGCCACGUCCAUGGUCACAGCCACAACCACAGUCACAGCCACAGUCACAGCCACAUUCACAGCCACAGCCACAGUCACAGCCACAGUCACAGCCACAGUCACAGUCUCAGCCACGGCACGGCCACAGUCACAGCCACAGUCACAGCCACAGACACAGCCACAGUCACAGCCACAGACACAGCCACAGUCACAGUUAGUCACAGCCACAGCCACAGUAUGUCACAGCCAAGCCACAGUCACAGCCACAGUCACAGCCACAGCCACAGUCAGUCACAGCCACGGUCACAGCCACAGUCAGUCACAGCCACAGUCAGUCACAGCCACGGUUACAGCCACAGCCACAGCCACAGCCACGGUCACAGCCACAGCCUCAGUCACAGCCACAGUCGGUCACAGCCACAGACACAGUCACAGCCACAGUCACAGCCACAGCCACAGUCUCAGCCACAGUCACAACCACAGUCACAGUCGGUCACAGCCACAGUUACAGCCACAACCACAGUCACAGCAACAGUCACAGUCACAGCCACAGUCUCAGCCACAGUCACAGUCACGGCCACAGCCACGGUCACAGCCACAGCCACAGUCACAGCCACAGUCACAGUGUCAGCCACGGCCAUGGUCACAACCACUGCCACGGCCACGGCCACGGCCACUGCCACUGCCACUGCCACGUCCAUGGUCACAGCCACAACCACAGCCACAGUCACAGCCACAGUCACAGCCACAGUCACAGCCACAGUCAGUGGAACGACUCCUUUCUUUUACUCUUUCCGCUUUCUUCCCUCCACUUCCUGUUUUACCUCUGUCCUCUCUUUCCUUUCUCUUCACUCUGUCCUUUUUCCUCAAAAUUCCCUCUUCAUCCUCUCUUUCCUCUCUUUCUCCUUUCUUUCUGCUCCUUUUUUCCAUCUCUUUCCACCCUCCACUCCACAGUACAAUGUCCUGCCAACGAGGUCCGCUUCGACUCGACGGGGGUGAUCCUGAGUCCUGGCUACCCAGACAGCUACCCCAACCUCCAGACGUGUUCCUGGCUCAUCAACGUAGAGAAGGGCUACAACAUCACCCUCCAUUUCCAACUCUUCCAGACAGAGAAGGAGUUUGACAUCCUGGAGAUAUUUGACGGUGGGACAUUUAUCAACAUUCCUAGUACCGCAAUUAAUCCUAUCUCUUCACAUCUCUCAUCGCCAGAUAAUUGCAAAUGACCACAGAUUUAACUGUCACGUAUAGGCUUUGGAUAAUGAAUCCCUAAGUUAUUAGUUAUACGUCUCUAAACUCAGACAUUACUCCAAGCACCCUUCCAAGCACCCUUCCAAGCCACCUUGUACUAAUCCUAAAUGCCAGAUUACUUUACCUAAGUAAACUAUCACUUACAACCAAUGUUCCCUCUAAUUCUUUGGGGGCACUGAGAAAAUUUGAGGUCUUGUGAGUGGAAACUUGAACGUUGUGAGAAUUUUGUGCAACUUCCAGCGCACGUUUACAGUGAACACUGAGGCUGUACCCUUACAGUUUUAGACAGUAGCCCAUAUGGCUGUAGCCUUAUAGUUUUAGACAGUAGCCCAUAUGGCUGUAGCCUUACAGUUUUAGACAGUAGCCCAUAUGGCUGUAGCCUUACAGUUUUAGACAGUAGCCCAUAUGGCUGUAGCCUUACAGUUUUAGACAGUAGCCCAUAUGGCUGUUGUGGCUAUUUGAGCAUAAUGUAGGCCUACCAACAAAACCAAUGGAGCAAAUCCCAUAACGUUUUCACUUGGAAAUAGCUUUUAAUUUCUAUGAUAUAGCCUACAGUAGCCUAUAUGUGGUGUUCAAUACAGGCCUACAUUGCAUGAUACCUUAAAUACCAUUUUUACAUUAUGAAGGGCUUGACAUUAAUUAAUGAUUUAUUUCUUGGUCUGUAACACCAUGGACCAAAUAGCUGACUGUAAAUUGCAUUGUAUUGUGUUGUAUGAUGCAAGACACCACUUUACAAAAUAAAAGUAAUUAUUAUUACCAUACAGAGAAUUAGACAAUGUAGGCAACCCCUCUGCCUAUUGGCUUAUUUGCAGAUUCAAGCCUGUCUCAAAAUACAACACUGCCCCUUUCAUUUUGACAUAAGCUAUUUACCAUGACUGGCUUUUAAAAGACUGCUUGAAAUGUAGCCUACAAGUUUUGUGCUCUUUUAGGAAGCAGUAACUCCAAAUUGCUGACCUAUACUUAUCUAGAACUGGGCUAAUAACUCGGUAACUAGCGAAGAAUAUCAACAAAUGUGCACACGCGCAGCUCUGCGCUCUGAUCAGAACUGAUCCGAAAAACGUCUUCACUCGCUGGUGAUUGAAAGACCGAUUGUGGGCCAUCCCCGCCAAUAGAAUUCUACUCCUUUGUAGGACAGACUCUGCCUACAAUAAAAUCACAGACUCAAUCUUACAAAGUUAGAUUUGGUUUGUUGCAUUGAAAAGGGGCUGAUAUAAUGUUGAUUCAAUCAAAGAUAAAACGUUGAUCUAUAUAGUACAAACUAAUGGUGCGAACUCUGUGAAGUUCAGUCUCUUGCGUCUCUGUGCAGCCUGGCAUUUCUUCUGCGCAUCAGUCCUGGGGGAGGUGCACCGCCGGGCAAGCGCGCAGUUUAGAGGGAAUAUUACUUACAAAGAUUGUAAAAUUGAGUCAACCCUACUUUAUUGAGUUCUUAGUCAUGCAAUCUGGCUAUUUGCUAUUGUAAUUGACUGCUUAAAGACGAAUAAACCUAGCCACUGCAAGGUCGAAUGAAUCCAACCAAUCAUGCUUUGAAUUCCAAUAGAGGAGCUAGCCAAGGCCCCCACUAGCUAACAAGUGUGGUUAUACAGAACACUCUUUGGAUUGUCUCUGUCCACUUCGAGGGAAUGUACCACCUAUUAACUAGCCAACCUCUAAUGAUGUCACACCAUGUGCUUUUCUGCGCUUGUGGAGCCAGAAAAUUCACCUGAAACACCAUUAUUUUAAACACUCCAUUCUCUUCCCUCUGCCUUUGUCUGUGUCACUCUGUGUCUCUGUCCUAACAGGUCCUAACAUCUCUCUGUGUCUCUGUCCUAACAGGUCCUAACAUCUCUCUGUGUCUCUGUCCUAACAGGUCCUAACAUGUCUCUGUCCUAACAGGUCCUAACAUCUCUCUGUGUCUCUGUUCUAACAGGUCCUAACAUCUCUCUGUGUCUCUGUCCUAACAGGUCCUAACAUGUCUCUGUCCUAACAGGUCCUAACAUCUCUCUGUGUCUCUGUUCUAACAGGUCCUAACAUCUCUCUGUGUCUCUGUCCUAACAGGUCCUAACAUCUACAGCCAGAUUCUGGCGUCACUAAGCGGUGACAUCACCACGCCCUUUAACCUCACGACCUCAGGUCAUCAGCUUCUUCUGCGCUGGUCCUCUGACCAUGGCACCAACAGGAAAGGUUUCCACGUCAGAUAUGUGGGUGAGUAUCAAAGUAUGUAUCCUGUUAAUAAUGACUUUCCUUCAACCGGCAUGUCUUCAUACACCCCCCUAUACUACACAACCAAUAGGAGUUAUUAACAUCAUGGUGAAGGUACAGGGCCACACCUGAAAUAGACUGGCCAGUGGGCAGUUCUGGCAAAUGCCAGAUGGGCUGGUCCAUCUUUAGCCCAGUGGGCCGGUCUAAAUCUGGGUUUUUUGGCAGAAUGAUCAUUAUUUGUAUAAUAAUGGGUCAGGGAGGACAAAAUGGGCCGGUUUGUUAGAAAUGCACGUGCCGAUUUCUGAUCCCAGUCCAUCCCUGAUCCAGCUAUCCCUGAUCCCCAGUCCCAUCCCUGAAUCCCGUCUCAUCCCUGAUGCCCAUCCAUCCCUGAUCCAGUCUAUCCCUGAUCCCAGUCCAUCCCUGAUCCAGUCUAUCCCUGAUCCCAGUCCAUCCCUGAUCCAGUCUAUCCCUGAUGCCAGUCCAUCCCUGAUCCAGUCUAUCCCUGAUCCGGUCUAUCCCUGAUGCUAGUCUAUCCCUGAUCCCAGUCUAUCCCUGAUCCCAGUCUAUCCCUGAUCCCAUUCCAUCCCUGAUCCCAUUCCAUCCCUAGGCCCUGUCAAUUCCUAGGCCCCGUCCAUCCCUCAUCCCAAAACAUCCCUGGGCCCCAUCCAUCCUUGGGCCCCAUUACUGAAAACAAACUGGCCUUUAGGAUUCCCUACUAAUUCCCUACUGAACAGGAAUUAGUCUAGCCAUCACAAUCAUCACUGUGUUGUGUGUAAAUGUUGUCUUUUGUUGUGUUGUGUUGUAAUGUACUGUACUGUUCUAUAUGGUCUAUGUGCACACUGUAAGUACAAUUAAGUCAUUAUUAUAAUCAUUAUGUACUUGUCUGAAAGCAGAGAAAAGGGCAACCAGUGAAGAAUAAUAAAAUAAUAAUAAUAAUAUGCAGUAACAUCCACCAUGUUGUAGAGACGUGACUCUCCUUCUCAGUCCACAGCAGUACAUCCACCAUGUUGUAGAGACGUGACUCUCCUUCUCAGUCUACAGCAGUAACAUCCACCAUGUUGUAGAGACAUGACUCUCCUUCUCAGUCUACAGCAGUAACAUCCACCAUGUUGUAGAGACGUGACUCUCCUUCUCAGUCUACAGCAGUAAUAUCCACCAUGUUGUAGAGAUGUGACUGUCCUUCUCAGUCUACAGCAGUAACAUCCACCAUGUUGUAAAGACGUGACCCUCCUUCUCAGUCUACAGCAGUAACAUCCAUCAUGUUGUAGAGACGUGACUCUCCUUCUCAGUCUACAGCAGUAACAUCCACCAUGUUGUAGAGACGUGACUCUCCUUCUCAGUCUACAGCAGUAACAUCCACCAUGUUGUAGAGACGUGACUCUCCUUCUCAGUCUACAGCAGUAACAUCCACCAUGUUGUAGAGACGUGACUCUCCUUCUCAGUCUACAGCAGUAACAUCCACCAUGUUGUAGAGACGUGACUGUCCUUAGGCCAUCUCUCUCAUUAUCUCAUAAAUAUAAUGUAUUUUUCAUAAGUUUCUGUGAAUAACAAUUUAACAUCAACGUCAAGCAAACUUUGUUAAUUGCUGUACGCCUCCUCUCCUCUCCUCUCCUCUCCUCCUCUCCUCUCCUCUCCUCUCCUCUCCUCUCCUCUCCUCUCCUCUCCUCCUCUCCUCUCCUCUCCUCUCCUCUCCUCUCCCUCCUCUCCUCUCCCCUCUCCCCUCCCCCCUCUCUUUUCCACUCCACUCCUCUCCUCUCCUCUCCCUCUCCUCAGCUAUGUACUGCAGUACCCCAGACUCCCCCCAGCAGGGUUUUGUAGUGAGCCAGACAGGAGGGCAUCUCAACAGUGUGGUGCGUUGGGGCUGUGACCGGGGCUACCGGCUUAUUGGAAAGGCCACAGGUGUCUGUAAGAAGACGGCAUAUGGGUAUUAUGCCUGGGACUCACCAGUACCUGCAUGUCAA